GCCUACAAGGGAAGUCAACUCCUCUCCAUUCCCUGCAGCGCAGCGCAGUCUCCUCCAGCCCCGUGAGAAGGGCUUGACACACACAGCUCCCGUCUGCAGCAAGGAAGAAAAAGCAAAACCCACAGAGUCAGGGAAGAGGAAGAAAGAAGAAGGGAAUUUAAAGGCAGAAGGAAGCAGGCAUUUGGCUAGAGAAGAAAGUCUGCCCCAGGUUGUGACACCCAGGACCACAUUCUGACCCAAAGGUACCUUUUCUUUUCAUUCUGCACCCCGCUCCCCCCAUCCCCAGGGUGUCUGGCAAAGUUUUUCACACGGACUGUCCCUGUGGUGGUUGAGUUAAUGAAUGGACCACACAGGGAUUGCAGUCAGGGGAAUGAAAGCCAUGAACUUGUGCUCUAGACUCCCUUGCUCUCACUAAACCUUCACUUCCAGGGCUCCCUUGCUCUAACCAUUAGAACUUAAUUCAUGAAAUCCCAUUCUCCUCUAGGAAUGUUGCCUUCUGAGUCUACCCUUACCAUAUUUACUGUUACUUCAUUUACCCCUCCCUAAAGCCCCAAAACCUUAUACUAGUUUCUUUCUAGUGAUGGGGAACAGAACCCAGGAGUCCUGGACGUCCCCUCCAACCACGGGAGAAGUCUUCUUGGCACCCUCCCUCUGCUCUAAGACUCAUAUAGAUAUGAAUUCCACUGUAGUGUGUUUGUGUGUAUCUGUCUGUCUGUCUGUCUGUCUGUCUGUCUGUCUAUUACAGUGGAAUUCUUAUCUGCUGCCUGUCGCUGCCACUUCCCUCAACUCUGCUCCCCUUCCCCACAAGCUGAUGAGAAUUGGGCUGUUAACAGCUUGCUCUUAAACUCUCUAGUUCUCAGGUUUCCAUUUGUUACUUUCAUCUGCUUGGCAGCUGCCUAACCCUGCAAGAACAAGACAGGAUUUCUUGGUUUUCACUCUCAUUCCCUCGAACAAUCUUCAGGGUUCCCAGGCUGUUGCUGCUGGCUUUCUUCUCCCUGGUAGCGAAAUUAAUAGAUGCUGGGGCCACAUUCUGACCUCAGCCACAACAAUCCAUUGAGGUCUCCUGUUAUUCUUGCACCAUUACCAGGGUCUCCAAACUCCUUUGAAGGAGUGGUUCCCUUGGCGGGGUCUUCUCUUUGCUCGAUAUGCGGAGGGGGUCCUGCCACCAUGAGGCAUGGGGGGACCUCACACAGUGGAUUUCCCCAUCAUUAAGGCUGGUGGAAUGAGAUCCAAUAUGCAGGGCCCAAUCCACUGGAGAGCUCUCUUGCACAAAGCCCCAUUGAAGGGAACACUGGUGGUGCAGGAAGACAGUAGUGGGUUGGGCAACAUUCCAGAGUCAGAAGGGUCCUUGGAGGUCAUAAAGGAGGACUGUGUGUGUGUGUGUGUGUGUGUGUUUGGAUUUUUUGCCAGCAACUGUGCCAGUCCUGUGAAUAUUCCUUAGGGUCCCUAGGUACAUCUUUGUCAGGAGGACAAAUGUAAAUGUGCAAACUGGGUGAUAAUGGGCAAUGCCCUUGGUCACAGCAUUUGGCAGUAUGGGAAUUGUAUCAGGGGUGCUGUUGCAUGUUUCAUGUGCCCAAGGAAACUUGAACCUGCUAGUGGGCAGAGAGGAAAAUGUUUAUUGUGUGCACGUUCCUAACGGAUGGCUCGGUGCACUUCUACUCCUGCCCACCACAAAUUUAAAAAUAUUGGGGUUAAAAAAAGGAGAAGCGAAGGUCAAGAUUCUUAGGAAGCUCAAUGCCACCAGACCCCCAUCCCUCUGCUCCAUGGACCUGUGGCACACACACAGCCCUCCUCCUCGACUCCUGCAUCCUCAGCAUCAACCUGGUAUCACAAAAGAUCAUCAUAAACAGAACCUUGCUGGCUCAGGCCGGGUGGAUCUAAUCUAGCAUCCUGUGGUCAGCCAAAUCCCACAUGAAGUCCAUAUCUCAUAUUCAGAGGUAUGUUGCCUCUGGAUGUGGAGGUUUCACUCAUCUCUUGUGGCUCAUUGCCACUAGUACCCUACAUCGUGCAUUUGUUUAAUCCCCUUGUAAAGCUGUCUGAGCCAUCAUCACCACACUUCAUGGGAGCAAAUUCCUUAAGUUAACCAGAGGUUGUGCAGAAAAGUACUUUUGGUUCUGCCCAUUCUGAACCUACCGCCUAUCAGUUUUUUGCAUUGUCCUUUGUCCCAGGACUGUGCCUCGUUUCCCCAUCCUAUACUGCUAGACACUAUCUCCUCUUUUAGAAGCUUUCAUUCUCCUAUUUCCCUUGUUGUUGACUAUGGGGAAUCCACCUCUCUCCCCUAGCUAGAGAUAGAAUCCUGAGGCAUUUACAGCCCCUCCCCAAUUCCCACCCCUCUUCUCAGUCUGCUAGCCUCAAAGACCCUCAAGUUCCUCAUUCGAUUGGAUCUGGUGCUCACUGAAAUCUGUGCCUGUGGCCCAGCAAGCCAACAUUGCAUUAUUUUAUCUUAUUUUUAUCUGAGCAAAGCUGUUAGUUAUGGAUGGCAUAAGGUACUUGGUUGGCUUGUUUGUCCAAAGUGAGAAUGAAACAUGAGCAGAGCAGACUGGAAGAGCUUUUCAUUCAAAGCCAGCAUAAAUGUUUGCAAACCGGGACAGCAAAUCCUGCAACGUCUCUAGGAGCAUCCAAUCCCACCCUUGGAAGCAAUUAUAUGGGGAGGCCCCAAGGGGGAUAGGAAACCACAAAAACCGGCUAGUUUAAGCAAAGCCUCCUUGAUCCUUUCAAAGAGUCCUGCAAAAGAGAAGAUGCUAAAUGCAAAAAAGAGGAGGAAGCUGGGUUAUCAAAGGCUUAUGCUUGUUAGGGAGAGGCAUCCAACUAAACGGUAUUAUGAGAGAGUUGGUGGCUAUCAUCGAGUGGAGGAAAAUGGCACUGGAGGUCAGAAUUUUGCAAUGUAUGGGGGGGGCAAUGGAAAGGGUUAAGCAGUCAAUGUAAAUGAGAGGCAUCAUGGUUCCUAACUUCAUAUCUGAGAGAGGAGGUCCAGCAGGCUAGGGCAGGGAGGGCUGGGAGAAAAACCCACACAUGCUCAUCAACUCUACCUCCUUGUGCCAGCCCCUGCCUGUGGAGCGUGCAGAUUUCUUGGCACGCUGGCUGCUGAGCUGGCAGGCAUGGCGCACUGCCGGCCACAGAACCACCAGCUUGGCUCCACAUAGCCACAGAUGCCCAAGACCCACAGGCUGCUCCCAGCCACGGAACAUGGCAUUCAGGCACAACCUCUCCUCACCACCCCAUCUCUGAGCUGAGCUCAAAUGCUUCUUAACCCUCCAUUAGACAUAUGGCACGCUGUUGGCAAAAGCUUUGUCUGGGUUCUACCAACACCAUGUGUGCAAUCUAUGUCACACUAGUGAUACAGAUAUAUCACACAGGGUCAGACAACCUGCUGAUUGAGCUUCAUCCUGAUUUGUCUGCAGGGAGAUUGGACAACAUUGCUUUUAAAUGAGCACCCAUUUUGAUUUGUUUGUGGGAAAGUCACAUGACGUCGCAUCAAAGCAAAUGUUACCUCACACUUCCCAGCAUUUUCCUGUCAUUUUUAAUAUUGCAAAAUGUUUGAUCUUUUGGGGAAGUAGGUUUGUUGAAUGAGACCUCCCAAUCAACUGUAACUGUGCAACCCAAAUUUGUUGGGACGUGACUGCACCUGAAAGCAGGGACAGUCUGGAAGUGCCUUAACGGCUGGUUUCAUUAGCAUCACAACUCUCAGUCGGCCUCUAGAGAGGCAGAAUACCUAUAUGAACCCCACAGUCCACUGCACUUUGAUGGGUCCUUUUGUCUGUUGUGAAUCUGAGCUCCCUUGAUUGCACUGGCUCCCCUGUUUCAUACUUAAUCAAAUAUACCAGGAAAUACUAUACACGAGGGAGGGCAGAACAUCUGUCAAAUAAAGGGGUCCUACUUCCACAUGUGUGUUUAUGUGUAUGAUUAUGUAAUCAUGUUUUAUUUCUAGGGCUUCUAAAAUUUGCUACUAACAUUAACCAUUUGUACUGUGGUUUAGGAUGUUCAAAGCGCAUACAUUGCAUUGUAACAUUUACAACAAUCCAGUAUGGCAGGUUGAUAUUGUGGGUGGCUAAAUCUGAGCAACAGUGGCAAAGGCAAAGUUUGAACCAAAAGCUUCCCACCUCAAAAUUGGAAGAUGCAGUAGGCAAGCUGUCACUCAGGCUGUCACUCUUAUUGGUGUUAUCAUUGAGGAAUCCCUGAUAAGAUUCCUGGGAACCACAUGGCUCUCUGAAACAUAGACUCAGGAGACUGCCCACAGUGGAGUUUACUGUGUGUUUGCAGCUGUUUGUGUUCCCAUUUAAUUUGGAUAGCCCACAUGAAAUUAUUCUCAAACGACACCAAUCUCAUGCUUCCCACCUGAACAUUAGGGUUUACCUGAUAUGGGGGUAAUCCAAUAAGUUGGGGAAAAGCAGGCGCCAAACCGCGUCACUUGGGUUUUUCCAGUCUUUUGGGGUGAAAGGCUCAGUUGCCACUUUCUGCUAUUCCCCUUUCCACGCCCACACCUUCCUCAAUGCUUUCAUUUCUUUUUUGGCUGUACUUGUAACUAUUUCAGGGGUGCUAUUGAAUGGAGGAAUAAUUUUAUUUUGGUCCGUCAGAUUUGCACACAACCAGAAAACUGCACAAGCAAAUUUACAGCUGUGUGUUUUUGCCUGCUUCUUGGGUAGGGAUUUUUUUAAACAACAACAACAGGGCACAUCUGCAGCUCUCUAUGUACAUGCCCUGUUGGUACUUAAUUGGCACAACAGAAUCUAAUUAGAAGGCAGGGACAAACACAAAAGGGAAUGCCUGCUGGCAUGAACGGGGAAGGCUAUGCGAAUUCAAAUAUACAAAUUCUAAUAUGUGAGGGUGUGGACAACUUUGGUCUAAUCUGAAUGUGGGAAAAGUGGAUUAACAGCUUGUUGUAGUUUAGUUGUUUAGUCGUGUCCGACUCUUCGUGACCCCUUGGACCAGAGCACGCCAGGCACUCCUGUCUUCCACUGCCUCCCACAGCUUGGUCAAACUCAUGCUGGUAGCUUCGAGAACACUGUCCCACCAUCUCGUCCUCUGUCAUCCCCUUCUCCUUGUGCCCUCCAUCUUUCCCAACAUCAGGGUCUUUUCCAGGGAGUCUUCUCUUCUCAUGAGGUGGCCAAAGUAUUGGAGUCUCAGCUUCAGGAUUUGUCUUUCCAGUGAGCACUCAGGGCUGAUUUCCUUCAGAAUGGAUAGGUUUGAUCUUCUUGCAGUCCAUGGGACUCUCAAGAGUCUCCUCCAGCACCAGAAUUCAAAACCAUCCAUUCUUCGGCGAUCAGCCUUCUUGAUGGUCCAGCUCUCACUUCCAUACAUCACUACUGGGAAAACCAUAGCUUUAACUAUAUGGAGCUUUGUUGGCAAGGUGAUAUCUCUGCUUUUUAAGAUGCUGUGUAGGUUUGUCAUUGCUUUUCUCCCAAGAAGCAGGCGUCUUGUAAUUUCGUGACUGCUGUCACCACCUGCAGUGAUCAUGGAACCCAAGACAGUAAAAUCACUGCCUCCAUUUCUUCCCCUCCUAUUUGCCAGGAGGUGAUGGGACCAGUGGCCAUGAUCUUAGUUUUUUUGAUGUUGAGCUUCAGACAAUUUUUUCGCUCUCCUAUUUCAGCUUCAUUAAAAGGUUCUAUAAUUCCUCCUCACUUUCUGCCAUCAAGGUUGUGUCCUCUGCGUAUCUGAGGUUGAUAUUUCUUCUGGCUAAUUUGAAUGUGGGAAAAGUAGAUUAACAGCUAAGUAAUGCUUAAAGGUGAGCAAGCCCCAGGUCAGACUACUGUUCCAUUAACUUCAGUAUCGCCUGCUUUGAAUGCCAGCUGCAUGAUAGGGGCUGCAUCUAGACAAAGCAUGUACAGUUCUAGGUAGGAAUGGGUGAGUUGGUCAAUGUCAACAUUCUCUCAUUUGCUAAUAUUGAAUUUGGUUCCCCAUAUUUCCACUGAAAUUGCAUUCUUUUGGGUGUGGGAUUGUCAGCAUUUCAGUGUGACCAUCUCCUAAAAAACACAUAUUUGUAUGCAGUUGUGACUAAUAAAACACAUUAUUUCAAGUAAUUCCCCCUGAUAUAAUGUUUUUUGUAUGCUAUUUUCAUGAAUACAUGCAUUUUGAUGCAUACCUUCCCCUAAUAUAAUGUAUUUCUGUUGGAGAUUUGCAGCUCCAAAUUUGGACAAGUGCAAAUUUUGAAGGCUAGUUGUGUUUGAUUCACUUAUCAUUUCAAGAAAUGCAAAUUACGUAGUUUCUUUUUAAAAGGCAAACAAAACUGAACCCCCCCCCCCAAUAUUGAGCAGUCAUACUGAUUUUUCACAAUAUUGGAGGUUAUGCAAUGUCACCAUCAAACUACUUUCCACUGUAGUUAUAGGAGCAGGAAGCGGAUUUAUUGUGAAAGAGUACUAUUUAGUCAUUGUUAUUUAUUGCAGUGUACUCACUUCCUUUGUAGUGGAUUAGGAAGAUGAACUGCUAUAGCUCACAUAUAAUGCAUAUAAUGGCAUCUUCUCAAAUGUGUGCAGAAAUGACCCAAAAGUUAAAAUGUGAAAUAGUAAAGUGAAAAAUGGUCAGAGCUCCAGUAGAGCUCUAGCAGAAGUAUCUCCUGUUCAUUUUAAAACUGGAGAUAUCAGGAAAUUAAUCCAGCACCUUCUACAUGCAAAACAUGUGCCCUACAGUUGCUCCCCAUUGUACUACAUCACAGUCGCCAGGUUCAUGUAGCACAGUAAGGCAAACUAUGGUUUAUUGGAAAUGUUAAAACAUGCUGGUUCCCAUCAGGCAGCUUGCAGCGCAGCAGCUAAGCCAAGGUUCCUUAAGCAUUGUCUGCAGCCAAGAAUAAGCCUUGGCUAUAGAUGGUGGUUAGGGAUGUGGGUGGCACUGUGGUCUAAACCACACAGCCUAGGGCUUGCCGAUCAGAAGGUCAGUGGUUCGAAUCCCUGCGACAGGGUGAGCUCCUGUUGCUCGGUCCCAGCUCCUGCCAACCUAGCAGUUUGAAAGCACGUCAAAGUGCAAGUAGAUAAAUAGGUACCACUCUGACAGGAAGGUAAAUGGCAUUUCUGUGCACUGCUCUGGUUCGCCAGAAGCGGCUUAGUUAUGCUGGCCACAUGACCUGGAAAAACUGUCUGCGGACAAACGUCGGCUCCCUCGGCCAGUAAAGCGAGGUGAGCACCGCAACCCCAUAGUCAUUCAUGAGUGGACUUAACUGUCAGGUGUCCUUUACCUUUACCUUUUAUAGAUGGUGGUUAACGAGGAGAGAGCUUAAACAUGAUCUGAGGCUCUGAUGACAUGCUAAGCAAGCCUUGGCUUACUUAGCUGCUAUGCUCCUCCAGCACAUUCCUUUAAGGGCUCACCCACUCUUUGCUUGUUCUGUGCCUAGAAAGCACAGCUCUGGGUGGCUUCCCACUUGUCCUUGGGUCCAAUAGGUUUUCCAUUUGCCGUAGCCCCAAGAAAACCUUCUCUCUACUGCAGAAUCGGGUAAACUUCAAUCUGACAUUUGCUGUGAUUCAACAGUAAAGAGCAGGACAAGUGGAAGUGUGAACAAGCCCCAGGUCAUAAUUUGGCUUAGUUUUAUGUGAAAACGUGGCUAUUGACUCUUAAAUCUGAGAUUUAUAUGAUCAUGGAACAUUUUUAAUUAGAUUCCUCCCCUUAUAAAAGAAAUUUGAUUCAGGAGAUCUGAAAUAGCAAACUUGACUUGGGCUUUCUUUGAUAGCUUUUAGCCAUCACAACCAUGAGGGCUGGAAACCUACUUUCGAAAAUAUUGAAAGCUGGAAUAUUUAGGACUCUAUUGUAGACAGAAUCACUCAGAACUGCUCUUGGGAUCUAGAGGGUUGCUUGAUUGCAGGCUUAUGUUGCACAAUGUCCUCUCAUUGGCAUUGCUGUUAAAAAUAUAAUCCCGUCCCAAAAUGGUUACAUGUUCGGACAGAAGCCAAAUUACUUGCGGUUUAGAGACAAAUGUAAGGCGUGGAGUUUUGAUGCCUACCUUUGGUAAAGGGGAGUGCAGUUUGGUGAGCUGAAAGAGUACGGAUGACUGAAAGCCUGGUCUCCUACGUUUGUUUCAUAAACAGCAAAAUCUGGCUGGGUCCCAGUGCAUGGGAGAAUGCUGUAACACAGAGGGAGCUGUGUGGAGCUGUGCAGUUACAUUUCGGGUAUCUGUAAAAGUGCCAGGAUAGGAGCACGGUCAGGGGUGGCGCAAUACUUUUUUGUGGCAAGAAAUCUAAAUCUAGCCACGAAAGUUCUGCUGUGCCUCCGUGGUCAGAGAUGAUACGGUUCUGCAUACCAGUUGGUAGGCAGGCUGGACAGCCUCUAUGGACAGCCACUGUGAGAACAGACGGCUGGACUAGAUGGGCCUUUAGCCUGAUCUAGCAAGGCUCUUCCUAAAUGCCACCCGCCUCUCUAUUUACCAUGAGGGCACAACCCAUUAAGAAGUUCUGCAGAGCAAGUCUCAUUGGGAUGCAAUGGAGCUGUGAAUGGGCACUGCUGUGGAAAAUUAACGGGGUUAGAUUGCAGGCUGUGAGUUAGGUCUCCCUCUUAGCCCAGGCUAAAAGUCAGAGAAACUUAAUUCAUAUUUCUGCACAGCACAGUCUUUUAACAUUCAUCCAUAUUACUUUUAAGGUCAGAAGUAAAGCAAGCAAAAAUGUGGAGAAUUUUAUAUUGACAGUCAUCAAGGCUGAAAAGAAGUUUCAGAUCUUAUUUGGUUUCACUUUGAUUUUGUGGAUGUAAAAUGUAUAUUCUCAACAUGCAGCCCGUAUGGUUUGUUAGCUAAUACACAGACCAGCUGAGUUCUUGCAAGGAGUUUCUAGACAAAUGCAGCUGCUUCAAACCCUUAACUGCUGAAUGGUAGCACUUGGGAAAUUUCAAGGCCAAAAUAAACACUGAGCAGAUUGGGGGGGAAAAACUGGGGAGCAGAAAAGCAAUACUGCAAAAAGGUAGAUAAAUUAAGAGUUGCAUAGUGCUUUGGAUGGUAGAACUGGCAGGUCUUGUGGCUAACAGAGAUAGGUGAUAUAGAAAAAAUUAAGUGGGCCUCUGAGCAUGUGUAGAGUGCCUUUCCUUCACUUCUGGUUACUUGCAGCCAGUGGUUAAAAACAGAGGUGCCCAGGCUACAUCCUGCCCAGAACCUAAUUCCUUUGAUAACACUGCCCCACUCUCAUUCCAGAGUGCAUAUAAAUAUGAUAUAAAUAUGAUGAACAAUGGGGGUGCUGUGGAAGCACAUCAAAACACAGUGUAUCACAUGUACUUUCUCUUCUCCAGGACUGAGUUCAGGGAAAACCAAGUGAGCAUGCUUGCAGCAUGAGCCAACUGAGGGCUGCCCUGAUUGGUUAGAGCCUGUGAUGUCAUGAAAGCACUUCCUCCUGCCCCAUCUUGGAGCAGUGUGACGUUGGAGCUGCAUUGUCAGAUUAGGACUGGGGAACCUGGGGCUCUUCCAGACUCACUAUUUUUGAGUAGUAUGCAAUCACAUACUGGCAAAGUCACGUGGCACUGUUAUAGCUGAUUGGGUGGUCUUGCACAAUACAUCUGCUUCCUCCAAAAGAUCAGUCUUUUUGAGGAUAAGAUGGGAGGGAGGGAGACCCAUGUAUGCCGCCUUGAGCUCCUUGGAGGAAAGAUGUAAAUGUAUUCCAGAAAGAAAAUAAUAAAUAAGUUGCAGGGCUGAAAGUUCUGGCACUGAAAACAGACUGGGGCAGGUGAGCCCUAAUUUCUGUUAUGCCCCGGCUAGUGCUUUUUUCCUAGAAAAAACGGUGCAGGAAUGCUGCCCUGUCCCUCCUGUUUCCGGCCAGCGGAAGAAGGAGGGCUGCUUUGUGAACAGCACAGCUAAUGCGCAUAGAAGCUUUUUCCCUGCAUGUCUGCCCUGCAAGCUGCCCUCUCCCUUCUGCUCACUUGCACAAGCCAGAGAGAGAGAGAGAGCGUCUUACAGAGCAGAGGCAGGGGAAGCUUUCCCCGCACACCAGCUGUUAGCCCAGGAAGAGCCUCAUUAAAGCCCCGGUGCACCUCUGGCUCACGAGAAGACCUCUCCAGUGCCCACAGAGGAUGUCCUCUUUGCGCUCCAGGGAGAAUCUUAAUGUGAACCAGAGGCAUGGGGAGAGGUGCUGGAACACAGUUCCGACGCGUUCCGGCUGAAAAAAAGGCCUGGCCCUGGAACAAAGUUCUACAUUUCUAGGAUUAUUAGGUUGCUGGAGGGCAUGAGAGGCACACUGGCUUCAGUCCCAACUGGAGUCGGUCUUUUUAGAAGUUUGUUUGGGUUUAAAGCUUAUUUACCACAUCCUGGGUGUUGGAGGUGGGUAACAAAAGCAUACCUCCCAACAAGACGGAAUAAAAUAUAAUCACAUUUAAAUGCUUGGAAAGUCUCCCAUCACCUGUCGGCAUAAGCCCCUGACCCCCCCCCCAACCAGCCUCAAAAUGCAGGAAGUGCUUCUAACUCUUCCAAAAGGUGCUCAGACCUGGACUCUAGCCAGGCCUCUGGGGGGGGGGUGAAUUGCACAGCCUUGUAAGGCAGAUGGAGGAGGCCAUUUUAAGUAGCAAAUGGCAGAGUAGCUCUUCCACCCCAGCCAUUCCCCUCUGUUGGAAGGCAGAGUUGUGCAUGCCACAUGGCCAGUCCUCUGCACUCUAAGCCAACCUGUUGCCUCAAAUGCAAUGGAAGACCAGCGGCAGAGUGUCCCCUGCUUGCACCUGGGGCUCAGGGCACACUGGGGGCAGGUCGCGAAGCAGGAGCAACCCCUGCCCACUGCUGCAAAGCGAGGCAUGUUCAGGGUGCCCCAUGAACCUUGUCGCUUUGCAGCGCUGCUUUUGGAAGGGGCGCAGGGCUCGCAAGGAGGGCACCGUGAGAAGGACGUAACAGCCCACGGUGCCCUCCCUGCAAGCAGUGCCCCUCGGAGAAGCAGCGCUGGGGUCACAGGCCAGGGGGCACGCCUGCUGCGUCCUUCUCACCUGCUCUCCAACUGGAGGGAGCUGAGGAUGCAGCUGCUCAUGAAGGGUGUAAUAAACGAAAAUCUGCCCUUGUUCCCUUAUGGAGGACACAAGAGCCCUUUUAGAGUCCUUUGCAGGUUCUCCAUUGGUCGGAGAAUACAACAGAGGCAGACCAGAGAAUAUUGAGAAGCAAAGCAGCUAGUAAGCCUGAUCUUUAUUGAACUGUUGCAACAGGGUGUCCCCUUCACACGCAGGAGGAGGAGGACCCAGAACCCAGGUGUGCACGCCCUUAUAUAGACAUUUUAAAUUGCCCGCCUUGGAGUCCAAGACCACCCCCAGAAACAUCAUACCUACAUCACAGAAGGGGUGUAGCUCAAGACCUCCCCCAGAUACAUCAUACCUACAUCACAGAAAGGGUGGGCUACAGCAGAAAUCCGAGUGGGUUGUUUACCUCCUGUCUGCCAAAUUACCUGUUAAUGCUUACUUGAUUGGGUACCCUGGGGAGCCUGGCCAGUCUUUUGUAAUAACAAAUACUUAGUUCCUGAGCCAAGUCACAGGCUCACCCAAUUCAUACACAGACAUACCCUUAAGACAGGAUUUGUGAAGGAAAAGACAACGGGGAGGCUUUUCCAUUGGACUUUGCAGAGAAAACACCUGGUCAGUCUGGGAGUCAAAAUGGCUUCAUGGCUGUUCUCCUGUGCUGCUUCAGACAUGUGGUUUAUAUAUUUAUGUACGUGUUUGCUUGGUACAUUUAUGAACCUUAUUAUAUACAUACAUAAGACCUUAAUUUUUUUAUUUCAAGGGGCAGGGUGCCUUGAUGCACCCCCCCGAAAACUCUGCCCGGGGUGAUGACCCUCUCAGUCCCCCCCACUACCUCACUGUGGAGGACACCAUCCCAUCACCAUUGUAGAAGCAAGGCCCCACCCAUACUUCUGCUUGCCCCUGGAAAAACCCACGGUUUACUGCAGUUUACAUCAAUCAGAGUUUGUUCAGGGGAGGAAACCCUGCUUCAAAUGCGCUUUAAAUGUAUAGUGUGUACACAGCAUAGAAACUGCCUUCUUGACCCAGUACUGGUCUCGUGGACUCAAUCUGCCGGAGUCUGUCUUCGUAUGCAGGGAAAGUCCCUGACUCAUUGGCGACUCUCACCUGGUUUAGCUGGGAUUUUGGCCACUGUCACACGCUGACAGCUUCUAGGCACCACAGGUGAGAGCUGAGGUGAGAGUGGGGACUAAAGGUAGACAAACUACCCCAGAAGGAGCAUGACCUGUUCUCCACCAGAGGUAUUAUCCCUUCCCCUAACACCCCAUAUGCCCAGGCUUGUGUCCUGGGAAGGUCACUUUGGUGUUGCUAAUGCAGCAGUUGCUUCUUGGGACGGAUGAGUGCUAAUAGUACACAGCUUGAGUUUGUCUUUCCGAACCAAGACCAAAACUGACCAAGACUAAAAAAUGAGUAAGGGACAUAGGUGGCGCUGUGGUCUAAACCACAGAGCCUAGGGCUUGCCUAGGUUGGCGAUUCGAAUCCCCGUGACGGGGUGAGCUCCCGUUGCUCGGUCCCUGCUCCUGCCAACCUAGCAGUUCGAAAGCACAUCAAAGUGCAAGUAGAUAAAUAGGUACCGCUCCUGCAGGAAGGUAAAUGGCCUUUCCGUGCGCUGUUCUGGUUCACCAGAAGCGGCUUAGUCAUGCUGGCCACAUGACCCUGAAGCUGUACGCCGGCUCCCUUGGCUAGUAAAGUGAGAUGAGUACCGCAACCCCAGAGUCGUCCGCAACUGGGCCUAACAGUCAGGGGUAUCUUUACCUUUACGUAAAAAAUUAGUAAUUGUUUGCCAGCAUCUUCAGCUCAGUGCUUGUAGCACUCACAGAUAGCCUCAGAUAUUUACUUCACAAAUUACUGCCAGUGGUCUCGACUGCAGACACAUCCAUGUUACAGCAAAGACCUGAGGUGAUGGAUGGGAGUAUUAGCUUGGAUAAAGCCAUCCAACAUUUUGGCUGCUCCCGUGCCUUUAACAGCAGCUUAACAUGCAAAAAAUAAGCAUCAUGUUAUAUGUAUGCCAAUAAAAUAUUAAUGGGCUUAAAAGUUAAUGCUUCAGAUUGUGAAAGGGACUGGGGCAGGUCAACGCCCCUCCCUGCAACAAAUUUUGCAACCCUAGCCGAAAAAGGCCACAGUGGCUCAGAGCAGGAUUUGGGGACCUUCUGAGGAAGAACCAUAUUUGGUGCACAAGAGUGAAGCAACAGGAUAUCAUGGCUGUAUGGUUCAAAGUGAGCCCCUUGUAGGUUAAUAAGAAGACUUGAUUCGUUCAGUUGAGCUCUAAGACCUUUGCUCAACUUCCUUCGCAACCUCUGAUACCCGGUAAAUAAGUAACUUUCUCUAAAACUAAAUUGCUUAUCUGUAAAACAAGAAUAUUAAUUAAUUUCUACUUCAUGGGUCUGUUGUAACAACAGGUCAAGAUAGUAGUGUAGCAGGAACCCCCCCACCCCAAUCAUUCAGUUUGUACAAACUUCACACACUCACACUCACACACUACAUAUGCCACACUUCUGUUAUAAAUUCAUAGAAAAAUCAACCAUACAUUGGAUUUGCACUGUUCCAUUUUUAUUUUACUCCAUAUGACAAGGACUAUCAAAGGGGGGUGGCUUGGUUCUGGUCAGCCAUAAUCCCUUCACCAUCCCAGCACAUCCACAGGAGCCCGGCCCAGUUGCUAUGCCUACCCUGAUGGUCCUAGACAGAAGACCAUCAAGAUCACAAAGAACUUGCAUAUGGGAGUGGAUUCAGCAUGGACUGAAACAAAGGACAAUGAUCAGAUCUUCCCUCUGGGGGCAGGAAACUGCCAACUCCCCUUUGUCUCCUGGAAGUGACUCAUGGGCCGGGGGGGGGGGGGAGGAGGAACCAGCCAGGUGACAGGACACUCAGGUUACCACCACAACUCCUCCCUCAACCCCUCCUUUCUGUAAUGUAUGCAUGAUGUCAACCCCUCCUUUCUGUAAUGUAUGCAUGAUGUCAACCCCUCCUUUCUGUAAUAUAUGCAUGAUGUCAACCCCUCCUUUCUGUAAUGUAUGCAUGAUGUUUCUGGGGGUGGGCUUGACCUAGACGAUGGGAAUUUCAAAGUUUUUAUAAGGUCUUGCACACCAUCUUUCUGGGUCUUUCCUCUCUCCUGCAAGUGAGGGGAACACCCUGUUGCAACAGUCUUUUCUUCAAUAAAGACCAAGCCUACUGGCUGCUGAUUUGCUUCCAAUUGCUCUGGUUGGUGUCUUUGUUUUUGUCCAAGGGAGCCCUCAGAUUUUCCGUUAACAGUAGGGUGCUCUGCAUUUUUUAAGUGUCAAGUGUUGUAAAUAAAAAUAUGCCCUUUCCCCUUAUGGGGUAUCCAAGAGCCCAUAUGGAGUCCUUACAUAGGUUCCCUAUUGGUAGGAGAAAAUAACAGAGGCCAACCAGAGAAUAUUGAGAAGCAAAGCAGCUAGUAAGCUUGAUCUUUAUUAAUCUGUUGCAACAGGGUGCUCCCCUCACACGCAGGAGAGGAAGAGGACCCCCAAAAAUGCUGUGCAAUGGCUUAUAAAGACUUUUGAAAUUCCCAUCCUCUAGAUCAAGACCACCCCCAGAAACAUUAUGCAUACAUCACAGAAGGGGUGUAACCUAAGACCACCCCUCAGAUACAUCCCACCUACAUCACAGAAAUUUAAAUGUUGUUUUCUCCUGUCACAGUUUAUCUCCUGUCUGGCAAGUUACUUGAUUGGAUUGCCUGGGAGCCUGGCCAUUCUUUUGUAGUGGUAAAAUACUUAUUUCCUGGGCCAGGUCACAGGCUCACACCUUAUUCAUACAGACAUAUCCUUGAGACACGAUUUGUGAGGAAAGAGACAAUGGGAGGCUUUUCCAUUUUUACCAUGCAGAGAAGCAUUUGCUCAGUUUAGGAAUCAAAAUGGUUCCAGGUUGGCUUUCCUGUGCUGAUCUAUGUACGUGUGGUUAUGAACGUUGCCAUAUAUCUAAAACCAUAAAAUUCCUAUCACACAAGUAAAUGCUUAACAAUAAUAAUGACAAGCAUAUUCAGAAUUUUUGUGUUUGUUUAUUGGUGGACUCAUAUUGUAGCUGAAAUCUUUGAUUUAUGUAAACUGUGUAAUUGAGUUCCACAGGUUUUCUUACUCUGUACAAAUAACUAAAUCAUGCUCUCAUGACACUCCCCAUGUCAGUCAGGCUUGCAUAGGAGAACUUCCUGACGAACCCUGCCCCACGUUAAUGAAUGGAAGAGAGAUGAUGGCACUGGGAUUUUCUGCCGCAGUGAUCAAGGCAUCUGGGCCAGCCUGCUACUCCCUCACCUAGUAUCCUCUCUCUCUCUCUCCCAGACUCCACUGGUCAGUCCUGCUUGUGUUUUGUCUCUGCCUAGUGCUGCAUGAGCGGACCCAGAUGCCAGGGAGGGAGAGUUUUCCACCAUCCUGGCGUCUGCUCCAAAACUGGAAUGGAGAACUGGGUGUGACCCCGCCUGUAAUCGCAAACACUCGGAUCUUGGGAUAUAAAGGCUUCUAUUGUGGGCUCUGAGGGGGCUGUGGAUUUGGAAGGGAUGUGAAGCGCUUCGGCAGAGACGCCAGCCUCCUGUAAUUGUUGGCUGUGGCCUGUGCGGAGAGCAGCUUUUACUGGAAGCAGCUCUUUUCUUACAAGGAAAGGCCAUAAUUCAAAUUCUGGGCUGCUCCGAGAGAGACAAUCUGCUGUGCUGAGUGCGUGGCCACCUUCCCCCCCAUGCCCUGCUCCUGUGCCCACAACAGUAGCAUGACUUAAAAGAAAUAAAAACCAAGCCCCCUUUCGCAGCAUGAAGGUCAAAUGGGGGGUGGGAAGCGUACCUGAGCUGUUAUGGCAGGCUGCAGUUGAGAGCAUAGAAGAAUAGUGUGUCCUUCCAGGUAAAAGAAGGAAAGGAACUUCCAGGUGUGCAAAAUACUAUUAUGUUGAGUCCCAACAUCCUGAGGGGCCCUCUUCAGCACAACCAGUUUGAGUCGUAAGUCUCAUCACGCUUUUGCAAAAUAACAAGUGGGUGAGAGAGGGAGGCUGACUGAGAGAGAAGGCCUCUUUCUAAAGUUAUAACUUCUAGAAAAGUCACCUCCAACAAUUUUGGAAAAGCAGGAUACAAAUUUAUAAUAAAAAUAAUCUGAGCACAGGGAUGGCCCAAGACAUUUUAAUUCCCAAGGCAGAUGACUCAAAUAUAAGCCCCUCACCUCCACUGCUUACUUCAGAUUCAUAACUGGAAGGGAUUAAAGGUUCAUCCGUAUCUAAUGGCCACUCCACACAUUGUGGGCUCAUGGUGUGUGUAUGUGCACACGCUUGAGAUGACCUCCUGAGAUGACCAUGCUGUAAGAUCUGGACUCUCUCCAUCUAAAUUCAGGUGUAAAUAUGUGAAUAAACCAUAUUUCUUAAAGCUACAACAGCCUCUGCUGCAACUUUAAUUUUCCAAAGGAGCACACACCCGGGUUGAGGGUCAGGACCCCUGGAAUUCUGUGCAUGGCUCGGCAGAGAUUGAGGUAGCUUGUAAUAAAUGCAAAGAAUAAAAUACCAUGGAUUUUAAACAAACAAAAACAGCUCUGAACAGCAAAACAAAACAAUAACCAGCUUACAAGUAAGACCUUCCUAUGAUUAAUUGUUCAUCCCAAGUGUGGAACAGCAAAAGGCUGAGUGUGUGCGUGAGUUUCUAAGGGGCAGGAGGUGACAUUUGUGCCGAGGGGCUUCAGGAUCACCCUGUUCAUCGGGAGAGCCUUCAUAGUUUUUUGCUGGGCCUGCAAAACACCUAAGGACCUCGCCCUCUGCUAGAACAUGCUGCUUGAGCCCUUUCCCUUCUUACUGCACCCAGAGGCAGAGAGGAAUAGCAGGGGCAAGUCAGUCCUGUCAGGCCCUAGUACCUGGCUGAUCCAACCAGCCACAAACCCUGGAAGGAGGACACCAAGAGCAACCGAGUAAGCCUACCAGUGGGGGAAGGGAGUCUUUAGCACACAAGCUCAGCCCUCUGCAGCUUCUGCUGAUCCAAGUGGGCCAUCCUAAUUCCCAACAAUAAUUUUCAAAUAGUGUUCCAGGGAAAUCUUGGAUUUUUUUCCAAAAGAUUUUAAAAAUAGGUCAUUAUUUCAAUUACGCAUGAUGAAAAAAUUAGUAAUGGCGGACAAGUUGAUGACAGUGGCUUGACUCUAGUUUGUUGUGAUGUUUGAAUGUGGCCACUUUAUUUGUGUAUUGUGGGGAUGGGGAAAUUGUGGCCCUCCAGAUGUUGCUGGACUCCAACUCCCAUCAGUCUCAGUCAGCAUGGCUAACUGUCAAAGAUGGUGGAAGUUGUAGUCCAACAACAACUGGAAGACCACACAAGUUCUCCACCUCUGGUGUAACACAUUUCCAAAGGAGAGCUGUGACAGUUUCCCCAAAAGCAGCCCAAGCCAUCUCAUGCAUGUACACGUGACCUUUGAAAUAUGACAUUUGAUGUCACUUUUGACAUCUUCUUUGUCACCCUGUGUACAAUUUAUCUGGCAUGCCUGCUUGCUUUUAAUAUGCCAAUACAAGUAAAAAUGAGGUGGCUGGCCUAAAAUUUAAAACUCUUGAGUUAUAAUGGGGGAAAUAAUUUGCACUAGACAUGUCUGCGAACGGGAAGUGGCAGUGUUAACUUUCCAUGUACAGUGAUUGACAUGUGGAGGAGCAUUCAGGCAUGUGACAUUCUCCCUGCCAUCUGAGAACAUCCCUGAGGAGGAGGAGAUCAAGCUGGGGCAUGCAGGAAGACUCUCCUUAGUGGCUUCAGUGAGCAGGGUGGGUGGGGCUCGUGAUGAGUGUCAACAGAAGGCUUCUUAUAAAAGGAUCAAAGGUAUGCUUCUGUGCGCUAAAUUUGUAGACUGGGAUGCACGGUUCCCUCCUGACACACCGGCAGUACAGGGCAGGACUCGCUUGUGCUGCCCUUGCAAGAGCUUCACCCUCCCUGCAUGCCUUCUUUGCACAAAUGAGAGAGGAGGAGUGUCUGGAUACCACCAAUGUGUAAUUAGAAUGAGCAUUUUGGCCAGUUAAGAGUUGCCCGGCUAUAGGGAUGCAGGAUAAUUCUGAAAAAAACAGAAAAGGGAGUGGAAAUUGCCAACAUUCACUUUUUUCUCCCAUGUCCAGAACCUAAAUCAAUCCAGCGAAUACAAUCGGGAUCCACUGCUCUUGUUGCCUUUGGACUGAAAAUGAAAAUUAACUAUGUUUUCUUCCCAAUUUGUGUUGCAUUUUUGUUGCAUUGAAAUGAAUGGGAUAGAAUAAUGAGAUGACAAUGUUACUUAUGUAAUUAAUUAUGUAAACUGCACAAGUUAAGUUAUUUUGGCAUAGCAGACAGCAAGUCAAAUAACAUAGUUUCUGGUGGAAGACAAACUGUAGCAGAACAGAGAUGUGCUGCAUGCGAUGAAUACAGGGCAGAACAGAAGAUGUUCCCCAUCUCCAGGUUCAAACCAAAUAUGUUUCCCAAAGUACAUUCAGAUCAGCUCUGUUUUCACAUGCCUCCAAACCCUGUAUUCUGAGUCAUAUCCAUUAAAUUUGGAAGUUGCUCAGUUUCCUGUGAUAUUUUGUAUUUAGAAAGGUGUUUGUUCAGCUGUAGUCCAUAACAAAAUUGUCAGAAAUCAUACUUAAAUAAAGCAGGCAAGAUAAAAUUGAACUGAUCCAUAACUGCACAAACCAUAAUAUAAUUGAUCCAAAGUAUACACAAGGAAAGAGGUAUAGCUGUUAAAUGUUCACUUUGGUUUCAUCAAGGCUAACACAAAAUUAGCCACUUUGUUGACAAUCUCUUGAAAACAGAAAGAUCUAUUUUCUGUUUCUCUUUGAAAACAGAAAAUCAAUUUUCUGCAAAUUGGACCCAAACUCUCACUCCUCAUAAUCCUCACACAUAGGACAAUGAAAUAAUUCUGUGAAUACCUACUUGAUUUAUCCUGUUCUGCAAUUGCAGCCCUACUGAUUCUCUGCUGAGAUUCCUGCACUGCAGGGAGUUGGGCUAGAAAAUACUCAGGGUCCCUUCCAACUCUACAAUUCUAUUAUUCUGUUGGUAAAUCUUUCAUCUAAAACAACAGAUUAUGUUAACUAAAAGAGGGUAUAAGCUUUCCUCAAAGCUAUUAAAUAAUUUUUCAGGCUCUGCUGACAUUUAGUUGGGGUGUACCAGGGAGCAAUACUGUUUAUAGACUUCCUUCAGCUUGUUCUUAAAUUCUAGUUUGGCAAACGACCUCUUGACUCCAUAGAAGCUGUAAGAAUGGAUCAGCCAAACCAUUCUGUUCUGCAAAAUAUCAAAGCUGUGCUUGUCCAAGACUUUUUGCUGCCCAAGCAGAACCCAAAUGGCACCUUCCUCUAUUCUAGAGCCAACAUUUUAAAUUGGGGGUGGCAAGAACAUAGAUUGGGAUCUACUGGCAGAACUCUGGGUGAUUUGCAGUGGAUUGACAAGUAUUUCUGUCUUCCAAUUUUCUAACAAUAUCAAUUAAAAAGAUCCCUCCCCAAAAAGAAAGAUUAUUGAAAAGGAAUGCUUGGUUGGAAUUUGGUGUGGAAGGAUGUGAGUUUGGUUCUGGUACUGAUCACAAAUUCCUGGCCUGCAUAUGUGCUCAGAGGUACUAUUUUCUUUAAUUCUUAAUACCCAGCACAUUUUUCCAUAGGGAAAUUUUGUCCUAUGCUCCAUUUGUAGGACCUUGGGGCUCAGGAAAAAAACCAAGCCAGACCCCGCCAGCCUAAAGUUCAAACUCCUGCUUUCAAGUGUCUUGCUACACCAUUCAGACAGCAUUUCCUGCCAUCAUAUAUCCUCCUAAAUCUUGCUGCCUGAAGCAGCCUGCUUCAUGGUAGCCUCUGUCCCAAACCAGCUCAGAGUUUGGAUAAUCUACCUUCCUGGCAUAGACAUGCGUUUGAGCCAGAAACUAAAAAAGAGACAAUUGGCAUUUUGUUUCUAGAAUAUGGGUUUUCAGUUCUAAGAAAAACUGAAGGUAUAAUUUAGGGGCACCAAAUAUUGGUAGCAGCGGCGUAGCGUGGGUUGUCAGCACCCGGGGCAAGGCAAGUAAUUUGCACCCCCUAACCCGGGGCAAGGCAAGUAAUUUGCGCCCCCUAACCCGGGGCAAGGCAAGUAAUUUGCGCCCCCCUAACCCCUAACCUGCCGCCGCUGCCAGCUUCUUCUUGCUGCUGCCUGGUCUGGUCUGGUGUGGUUCUCUCCCGCGCUCAGCGCUGCGCUGGGCGGCCGCUGCACUGUCCCUCCCCCAGAUAGUCCCUCGCUCUCUCUCCGCACCGCACGCCUGGCACCCACCCCCUCCACAGUGGGCAGCGACCCAGCGGCUCGGAUUGGAUUCGCACAGCCAGCACUGCAGUGAGAGAGAGUGAGUGAGCCAGGUAGGGGCAGAGAGCUGCGAGUGCGAGCGCGCCCCCCCCAGAUGUUGUGCCCGGUGCGGCCGGCCCCCCCUGCACCCCCCACGCUACGCCACUGAUUGGUAGUAGCACUAUUUAAUAUGGGAAACCACCUUUCACUAACCUGGUAUCCUCCAGAUCUUUUGGACUUCAGCUGAUGGGAAACAAUCUCUGCCCAGUCUUGAAACUGAGGAUAUUGCUCUGAUUUGAAGAUUUUCUUAGAAUGGGCAGGUGCACCAGCAUUCUGUUACACUGUCCUCUAAAAACUCAAAACGUCUGCUGAGGCCUGUGUGCAAGAGGACCAUCUGGUUCCCCAUCCUUGAUUUAAGGUGCAGGUGCCUUAAAUCUGCUAACCUGGUCACUCUCUGUGGGAGCCAAGGUUUAGAUUUAGGAUUAGGAGGAAAGGGUUAGGGCACAGCCCAGACAAAGAAAAGAGUCCCUUUAAGCACUGGGCAAUCUCACAACCCAAAUUUGCCAUACAUUUAGGUUUAGGGAAAAGAGCUUCCAGCUUUGAGGCAUCCAGGAAACUUUGAGCCUCUGGCUCUGUACAGAAAAUUCCCUGUCUCUGGAACCUGUAGUAAUGUUGUAAACCUUUGCCUCUUUAAACAGUAUUAUUAUUUUUUAAGGGGGGGUGGAGAAAAUAAAAGCACACUCUGCAGAAAGGCAAGUGUCCAAGGAAAAAGGGGAUCCAUCAGCAGAGCAGUGUAUGUUAGCACAGCCUCCUCUCCAAAGGUAACAGCUCCUUGCUCAGACUUUCUGCUAAUUUCAGACGCCGGUUCAGGAUUUGCAGUUUCCAGGCGUACCUUUGGCAGGGUCUCUACUGUUGGCUCCUGACCCUUCAGCAGUCAGAAAGGAAGCAUCGUGAGACAGACAGAGGCCCUAACUGGGAAUCGCAGCCCUGAGCAAACCAUGCUUUCUCAAACCAUACAAGAAUCCAGGGACUGAGACAAAACCUUCCUCCUCAUUUUUGCUACCUACUUCCGGGUUUAUUUCUUUAAAGCACGUUUACCCCAUUUUGCAGCUGGAAAACUUCCCAGAGUGGCUUACUGAAAUAUACUUGGAGUUGAGUGUGAAUUUCAUGCUCUUUAUUCAGCUCAUAGUAGCAAUGAAUGAAACUUUCCCCAAAACUGUCUAGCUAAAUAUACAUUAUUUACACAAUGGGCCCUGCGUGAUUGGCUAAUUUCAGGCUGCUCCUGCAGGCCAGUCAGGUUGCUGAUUCACUUCAUCCAGGUCUCUGAUUGGCUGUUCCUGCAGGCCAAUCAAGUCGCUGAUUCCCUUCCACCUGGAGCUGGAUUGGGUGGCUCCUGCGGACCAAUCAGACGGCUGCAUUCUGGAUCCUAUUGUUCUAGGAUUCAGCUCAGUACAUAACACUUACAUAACAAACAAGAGAGUCCCUACCUUCAUGCUUACAAUGUAAAAAACACUACACAAAAGAAAAGAAAAGGGGGAAGGGAACAGAGGAAGAAAAUGAGCAACCUGUCACCAGUUCUUAAAACAUCAUGUUGCUUCUUUCCCCAUAAUGUAUUCACUGCGAUGGUGAGGAUCAAAGAGUUAAGCGGGGAACUCUUGGCUGCUGGAAAUCUUAGUCCACCAACUGCCACACACUCUACUUUUUCUGCACCCCUGCGGAGUUGCAGCAUUCACACAGCCGGGUCCAUGACACAGAGUAAUAAUAGGGAGGCUCCACCUGGUGAAAUCUAGGACCUUGGGCUGGGAAGAAUUAAUGACCUUUUGCUUGAAGUUUUCAAAUCUAGUCUGGAAAAGAUACUUCAUGAACAUGGCUUUUAAGAUUAGAUCCUAAGUGGUGAUCGUCCUCACUGAAAGAACUUCUUGCAUCUUAGUCUCCAGUACUGAAGGGAAGCACACAGUGUUUCCACUGUCAUUUGGAAAUUUUGACUGUUUGAAGUAUGGCAACCCUAGCCAACCCUGAUUAUUUAAAAAAAUACUCUGAGCAUGUGCAGUUUUUGCAUUUUAAAUUCACUUAAAUCAUGCUACCAUCAUGGCUAUGUGAAUAAAAUGGGGUUGGCUUCUGCUGCCCCCCGGCUAAACAUGCUUCCUUAAGAAUAAGCACAAUUUGUUGUGCAUUUUAGAAGUAAAAAUAAUAAAAUGAGCACCUGUAACUAUGGACAGGCCCAGCUGCCCCCCUUCCCCCACUCUUGGUGCCCCCAACUCCCUGAACUGUGGGACCUGCACUUUGACCAAAUACACUGCUGCCUAUAAGAGCCAAAUAUCUUGACAUAAAAAAUGGGAAACUCUUAUCUUUUUGUACUUUUUUGGGGGGCAAACAAAAUGAAAAAGAAACGUAAUCAGCUCACUUGGGGCAGGGAGCCAGAUGCUGUUGGACUACAGUUCCCAUCAUCCCUGACCACUGUCCCUGCAAGGAGGGGCUGAUGGGAGUUGGAGUACAGCAACAUCUGGAGAGUGCCACAUUGGCUGCCCCUGGCUCACACCCGCAAUAGAAAUAGUCCUGCAAGAACCAAUGAUCCCUAUAUUCUGAACAAAAUGCUUGUUUAACCUGGAGGUAGGCUGUAUGAAUUGCGUAUUGCUUUGUAACGAUUUGUUGGGUCUCUGGACCGUAAUAAAGAUUGUUGUUGUUGUUGAAAUAGCCCACCAAUCCGGGCUUAAAACAUAAGCAGCCCCCAUGUCCAAAUAGAAAUGAAAAGCAGGCAAGCAUGCUUUGACAGUGGAGAGACUUUGCACAGCACACUCACUGCAUGACAUCAGCUCACAUGAGUCCUACUUCCUUACAGUAAGAGAGCGGGCGUGGGACCUGCACAAGCUAGUCACAAUGAUCUCACCUCUCGGCAGGCAUUGCCAUCUGGAAACCCAUGAUGACUUGCUAUAAUUUUCCACAUCUAAAGACCUGGGGGAAUUGGUAGGGAGUGGGGUGUGGAGAGAGAGAGAGAAGUGCCAACUAAAUCGAUGGCAGGCUCCCAUCAUUUUCCUGCCCAUACAGCACAGUCCAAAGAAACCCUCGUGGGGGGUGGGGGUGGGGAAGCAAGGGAUGUGUCUCUUUCUGACCACUACAGGCCAGGAGGCAGGCGAAAAUAGCUGGUAAAUUACAGUCCUGCUAUUCUCAGCCCCAGGGAAUUACAGGAUGCCACAGCCUAGGCAAAGGAACUCUCCUUUCUUAAGGACCGGAUGUCUAUAAACUUCUAUAGCUAUAAACAGUGCUGAUUUGGCUUGCUAUAGGAAACUAUAUGCAAUGGGAAAUGCGGACAGGGUGUCUUGUGUGUGCUGCUAUACAGAAGACAAUCCUCCAUUCUGAAGGGCUGCCAGAGGACAGGCCUCUCUUUGAAGGUGUCCUCCCUUGGGAAGGCUGUCCUGUCCCAAGUCUGGUUGAAAAGAUAAGGAGCAAUAGAAAGGGAGCCUUGAAACUUCCUAUCAACAGUUAGCAGCACCCGGUCAGCAGAGGAAGCAGGCAUAUCACCUGGAGUACUGUGUCCAGUUCUGGGCACCACAGUUCAAGAAGGACACUGACAAACUGGAACGUGUCCAGAGGAGGGCAACCAAAAUGGUCAAAGGCCUGGAAACGAUGCCUUAUGAGGAACGGCUAAGGGAGCUGGGCAUGUUUAGCCUGGAGAAGAGGAGGUUAAGGGGUGAUAUGAUAGCCAUGUUCAAAUAUAUCAAAGGAUGUCACAUAGAGGAGGGAGAAAGGUUGUUUUCUGCUGCUCCAGAGAAGCGGACACGGAGCAAUGGAUCCAAACUACAAGAAAGAAGAUUCCACCUAAACAUUAGGAAGAACUUCCUGACAGUCAGAGCUGUUCAACAGUGGAAUUUGCUGCCAAGGAGUGUGGUGGAGUCUCCUUCUUUGGAGGUCUUUAAGCAGAGGCUUGACAACCAUAUGUCAGGAGUGCUCUGAUGGUGUUUCCUGCUUGGCAGGGGGUUGGACUCGAUGGCCCUUGUGGUCUCUUCCAACUCUAUGACUCUAUGAUUCUAUGAUUCUAUGAUAUGAUAUCAGUUGUGUGGCAUCUCCUCUACCAUGGUGAGAUGUGUUUCUGUUUCAAUGACCGCAAUCCUUUCCAGAUGUACCAUAUUUUUAGCUCUAUAAGACGCACUAGACCAUAGGAUGCACCUAGUUUUUGGAGAACAAGAAAAAAAAUAUUUUGAAUCCCAGAAGCCAGAACAGCAAGAGGGAUUGCUGCUUUCACUGCGCAGUGAAAGCAGCAAUCCCUCUUGCUGUUCUGGCUUCUGGGAUAGCUGCACAGCCUGCAUUUGCUCCAUAAGAUGCGCACACAUUUCCCCUUACUUUUUAGGAGGGAAAAAGUUCGGCUUAUAGAGUGAAAAAUACGGUAUUUAUUAUUACUAAAUAUUUCUAAAUGACCAUAUGCAAAUUUGCACCCUCUUUUUUGGCAAUAGUGACGCUAAAUAUGGAUGACUUGCCCACCAUUUAUCUGUCUGGAGGUGCACCUGCCAUACAGAAUAGGCAUAAGGUGCUUAUAUGUACUUGGAGGGUGAGGGGAAAUCACUGUGCCUGGGUACUGGUAGCAAACACAGGACUGGGAAUGUGUGGAAGCGAACUUGCCAAAUAUGCAUACAGGAACAGUGGAUCUUUAUAAGCCACACAAAUAUGGAAACAACUUUUAUCUGUAUGCACUUUGCCUCUCAUUUUCAAAAGGUGUACAUUUUUGUUUCACACAUUUAGAGCACAUUGGUGAACCACAAGGAUUCUAAGAUGUUUUAAGCACACACAUACACAAAAGAGUAGAUUUUGGGGUCAGCAAACUUUUUCAGCAGGGGGCCAGUCCACUAUCCCUCAGACCUUGUGUGGGGCUGGAAUAUUUUUUUUUGGGGGGGGAAUGAAUUCCUAUGCCCCACAAAUAACACAGAGAUGCUUUUAAAAUAAAAGCACACAUUCUACUCAUGUAAAAACUCCAGGCAGGCCCCACAAAUAACCCAGAGAUGCAUUAUAAAUAAAAGGGUACAUUCUACUCAUGUAAAAACACGCUGAUUCCCAGACCAUCCGCAGGCGGGAUUUAGAAGGCGAUUGGGCCAGAUCUGGCCCCUGGGCCUUAGUUUGCCUACCCAUGGAGUAGAAGAUGCAAGUCAGUAACCUCUGGUUUAUAUGACGCUAGGUAAUGCUUCUCUAAGCACCAGCUUGAGUGGUUUCUGAUGGAGAUAGCUCUGGUAGGAAAAGAGCAAAUGUUAACAGCUGAGCCAAUGGAAAAAAUAUUCUAUUUAAUGCAACCAGGUGGAAUUAAGAGUGGAAUUAAGAGUGGGAGACAGUGCAAGUCUGACCCAUGGGGCACACUAUUCAGUGGCUGGGGUAGCUUAGUCAGUAGAUCAUGAGACUCUUAAUCUCAGAGUUGUGGGUUUGAGACCCAUGUUCGGCAAUCAUUGACAGAGUUUGUGCAGGUGACUUUCCUAUUGCACCAGGUCCCCUAUUAAAUAGAAGAAAGGGUAUGUGCUGCCAUUUCAGGAUUUUUCUGCUUCAGCCAACAAAAUGUCUUGGGUGGGCCCCCCAUACUUAACAUAUAAAGCUCUCCAAAUCCCAGUGCCCAAAAUGAUUACCAGCCAUGGGCACAUUAGGUGCUGCCUGGAGCCCUCCCCACCCAGAGGGCUUUUGCAGCCUACAUGCCUUGGAUAAAGAACAAUUUUCAAUAAUUGACAACAGCGAGGGGAGAGCUGAAUGGCAAACGAAGGGGUGGGUGAUUUCAGUCAUUUAUACUCUGUCUGCUUGCCAAAAGGCACUCUGAGCAGACAUGCAACCACACAAAAUUUAAGAACACAAUACAAACCAAUUAAAGUUGAUUCAGAAUUCUUGCAUGCACAAAAAAUGCUUCCUCCUCCGAAACAAAAAACAGACUUCUUGCAAUAUGGAAAAUGAUGGGGAAAUAUAUAGGAAUGGAUGCUCAAUAAGCACCAGUGUCAUCUUACCUCUUCACAAACUCUGUAUAAACAAAUCAGGAUGAACACCCAAUAAGCAGGUUGUCUGGAAGCAGCCUCUGUUCUAAUUUCAUUUCCCUCUGAUUAAAGAGAAGCAAUGUCUCAGUAGUGCCAAAGGGCCAUGGAGACAAGCAGUACUUCUUCCUCUUCUUCUUUUUCAGGGGGUACUCAAGGGUACACAGUACCAGCACAUCUUUUUUGUUGUUGUUAAGAAGUGUGACACUUUCUGUAACUAAACUUAAUGGUUAGUACCGGCACCUGUUUUUCUAGAAAAGAAAGCACUGGAGACAACUAUUCUCAGGGACAGAGAGAGGGUUUUUUAAAAAAAGUAAAUGUGAGGACUAGAAUAUUUUUCUCUUACAUGUUUAUUAAGAUUUGAAACGCACAUGUUACUGAGCUUUAAAGUACAACAAUUUCCCCUUCGUUCAGUAUCUUCCCUUCUCUCAUUCUAUAGUUUAUCACUGCAAAGGUGUAUAACAUAUCUGAAGGUAAGCAGAAUGAAAGUGAAAAUCUCUGUAGAAAUGCUCUAAAAAUAAAGCGAGGAGAGGGCAGAGGAAGGGAUGUGGUGCAACCAGUGCUAUAAAGAGGUGCCUCCCUUGUUUUCUUAUAAAGGCAACGUCACCCACCUGAGAGGUGCCGGAGUUAAGGUCCAUCUGGAAAAAAGCCCUGUGUGCAACCCACAUUUGGCACCGUCACCCUGAGGACUGGACUCCUGACGUUGACUGGCAGCAAGCGUAAGGAUUCAAGGAAAGACAUAACAUGAUGACAGCUGAAGAAUAAGAAAUAUUAGUUUAGCUUCCUGAGCUGACUGCAGAGGGAAGGCCACCAAGGCAGAUGAUACAGAUGUCAUAGACCAGAUGUGAGAUUAGGUCACCACAGUAUGGUAGCCACCAGAGAGAGGAAAAAUCUGUUUAAAGGUUGCUUGGAGCUGGGAGAAGCGAACUGCAAAUAUUGUUCUGCUAAGGCAAAACCCCUGAUGAUACAAGAGCCUUAGAGAAGAACAAAAAGGUAGCCCAGUAGUAUACCACGUGGCAACAAACUGCCUUAUUUCGGUCACAUUAUUAUUAUUAUUAUUAUUAUUAUUAUUAUUAAAAUUUGUAUACCACCCUUCAUCUGCAGGUCUCAGGGAAGUUCACAACAUAAAAGUUCAACACAAAAAUUUUCUAUGACCACAAACCAGAGGUGGGAAGACUUGAAGCAAGGGGUCUCCAAAAGCACAGAGAAACAACUGGCGCUAAGGAAGAAUCUCAGGGUAGAACGUCCUUCACCAAUUUGGUGCUCUGCAGAUGUUGUUGAGCUACAGUUCCCAUCAGCUGCAGACAGCGUGGCUGUGCUAGUUGAGGCUGUUGGGAGUUGCAGUUCAACAACAUCUGGAGGGGUUAGCGAAGGCUAGGGUAGAGAUCGAGAUAGUGUCCCAAAUACAAAGGAAGCCUGGGGGAAAGGUACUCCCUCAAAUGUGUUGUUUUCCAUGAGAGAUAUGAGCUUGAGAAUUGUAGGAGUGGGCUGUGCAUGGCAGUGACCGUAACCUUAUUACCUUCCUUUGUUUAGCAUAUGGUGGGCUAUGCAUUGAAACCACACACACACACACACACACACACACAAACCUCCGCAGCUGGCAUUUAGCCUUCUCAAGAGGCUCCCCCUCAUCACCCCCAGGUCCCAGUAAUGUUUCCUGUGCAGUCAUAAAAAGGCAAACCCUCUUAUAAUGGGUAUGGGGUUGCUCGUGCGUAAGUUGCCGCCUCUCCUGGCUAUGUUGCCUUGUUAAACCUUUCUGUCUGGACAGCCCUUCAAUUCGUGGCUGCCUCAGUCACUAGCAGAAUCCGUCAGUGGGCGUUUCUUAAACCUCUUCCAACAUAAAAGUUGUUUGACGCCCAGUCUCCUCCUACUCUCCCUGCGUGGAAGUCUUCUGCGCAGGGAGGGCGUGGGUAGCGGAGGACCCGUGCUCUCCCUGCUGGUGUCCAGCGAAGAGUCCUGGAGCCCUCUCGCCGAUUCCCCCAUCUGCCCUCCUUUAUCCCUGGUGUAACGUUGAUUUGCUUCCCCCUCUGCUGAACUGCCUCUCUCCCUGCUUGGUCCUUCUCCAGCAUCAUUUGAGAGCCUUUCCUCCGCCUCAGGCUCCAGUGUCAGUUCCCUGACACCUCUCUACUAAUGUUUUCAAAUGCGUCUUGGCAGAAACCAGUUGGCAUCCUCAGAGGAGCAAUGUUACAGCUGUGUGCUGCCCUGUUCCAAGUCGCAGACUGAAUAGAGGGCAACAAAAUGCAGCUGCAAACUGCAGGGUCUCACACACACACACACACACACACACACAGAGCCCUGGUGGGCCAGGACCACAGGCAGAUUCAAGAGAUCUUUGUGCACAGUCAGUUGUGUUGCAACUGGCCACACUCUUACAUACACACUUCCUUCCUGUGGAUACUUACUCAUAGCUCCCUCAUCAAUCCCUCAUGGUUCAGGCACACCCCCACCCUGUUUUUCAAUUCCUGACAUUGUCAAGUCACUAGGAAGUGCCUCGUUCAAUUCAUGUCUCCCUCAACCAUUUACUUACAGGAUUUAUAUCGUUAUAUAUUCAUUAGCAAGCACUGUUAUUUACCAUACAGCCUAGUCUUGCCUAGAGCAUAAUCUCCUAGCAUGCGCAGGGAGGGUGUGGAACAAGAGGGCCACAAAAAUAGAAACAGGGUGCUUUUAUUGUGGUGAUUCUCAUGCAUGCAGUUUGUUGCAGCGUCUACACGACGUCAUUGUCACCAAAAUGCAAGCCUGCAUUUUUUCUCAUUCUAUUUGAUCCAAAUUUACCAUUUCUGGAGCAGAUCUGAGAAGCAAACUGCUACCAAUGAUCCAUUUGCAAUGUUCCAGUAACAAGUUUACAGUAUUGAGGCCUCACUUUGAAGUAAAGGUAAAGGUAAAGGGACCCCUGACCAUUAGGUCUAGUCGUGGCCGACUCUGGGGUUGCGACGCUCAUGUUGCUUUAUUGGCCAAGGGAGUCAUGUGGCCAGCAUGACUAAGCCGCUUCUGGCGAAUCAGAGCAGCGCAUGGAAAGGCCUUUUACCUUCCCGCUGGAGCAGUACCUAUUUAUCUACUUGCACUUUGAUGUGCUUUCAAACUGCUAGGUUGACAGGAGCAGGGACCGAGCAACGGGAGCUUACCCCAUCGCGGGGAUUUGAACUGCCGACCUAGGCAAGCCCUAGGCUCUGUGGUUUAGACCACAGCGCCACCCGCAUCCCUUACCACUUUGAAGUACAUUUGAAGUACAUUAUACAUACCCCCAUCUGGAAACACAGGCAGGCACACACGCAUGAACACACACACAUGCACACAGACAUGUACACAUCCCAUCCUUCCUCCAAGCAGUUUGCAGGUCGAUAUGUGGUACUUUCUAUGUUUUUAUCUUCACCACAACCUUGUAAAGUAGGUUAGGAAAUGGCCAAAUUUACGUAGAUGUGAUGCCAGAAGCCAUAUUUGUGCUGCUUCCAUGUAAAACAGAGCAGCAGGUUGACUUACAUCCUAUGUAAACAGGAGAGGAGCUGAACGCUCUUUUCUGGGCUCAUCCACACCUAGCUUCUGGUCUGCACUUUCUAGGCAAUUCAGGUUUUCCACAGCUCGGACCCAGAACUUUAAAGCAUGGACCUGUGCCUGGAAACGCAGCACAAAAGAAAGUCUGGAUGAGCCCGUUCUCUCUCAUCUUCACAUCCAUACCCUCUGUUCCUUCUUGAGACAUCCCCUGCCCCUCUCACUUCCAGUACCAGAGCAGGAAGUGCCUGUACAGAAGACCAAAGGGAGAUAAGGCAGGCCAGGGCACAGCUCUCCACACGUUAACAUAGUUUAAGGACAGUUAUAUGGAGGGUAAGGGUAAGAAUUUAAGCAAACCCCUAAAUUCAUGGGUCUAGUAGGGGUUGGAUUUUAAGCCAGUUUUCCUGUGUCCUGGGAACUGCCUGACAGAAGAACCAUGACAGGAAUGGCCAAGACAUUAACCCAUUAAGAAAGCCAUUAACAGAGAUUCUCUGGGUCAGAUAGAAAAUGGGGAAAGCCCAGUCUGAGGUGACAGGGGGCCAGAGUUUCAGGAGGGAGAGGCAGAAUUGCAAUGGGCAAUGAGGUAAGUGAACAGCAGGGGCCAAUUCUGGCCCUGCCGGUUAUGAACACUAAGACGCUCUGUGAUUCUAAAGGCCUUGUGGAUCUCACAUCUUCGGUCCCUCACAGCACAAUCUGACUUCUGGCAUUCUCUCUCUCUUUCAUAUUCUCGCCUAGCAGCUCCCACUAUGGAACACCUUCUUCUGCUGAUGCCCCUCUUGGGUCUGGUGAGCGGUGACUUGCCGUUUGUGCAGAGAGGCUUCUGGGACUUUUCCAUGGAUGAUCCUAACGUCCAAGAAGAGGAAGAGGCGUCUGGCAUCUUCCCUACGUCAGGAGGGGCCGAAGCUGAGGACAUCGUGCCCUUCUAUCCAGGCCUCUGCCCCUUUGGCUGCCACUGCCAUCUCAGGGUGGUGCAAUGCUCUGACCUGGGUGAGUAGGAGCAUGGGAGCAAAAAAGUGGCCAAGGAUUCUGGGGGCCUCAGUUCUGUUGCAAACAGGGAGUCGGUGGUGUGCCACUGGAUGAUGUAGACAGAGCUAACAAAAGGGCUCAACAUAUUACUCUGAAAACUAUUGUUGGGGAACUUGAAGCGCAUGGUCCAAGUUUCAAUCACACACUCGGGGUCCAACUGCCUCUUAUACACAAGAAAGAGGAGCCUCCAAAUCCCGUUGGACUCCAACUUCCAUCGGCCCCGGCUAGCAUGCUCAGGGAUGAUGGGUGUGGUGGUCAAAGUGCAUUUUAUUUUACUUAUUCAUUGCAUUUAAUAGCCCACCUUUUCCUCCAAUGAGCUGAAGGUGGCAUACAUGGUUCUCCGGCUCCUCAUUUGAUCCCCACAAUAACCCUGAGAGGUAGGUUAGGCUGAGAAGCAGUGACUGGUCCAAGGUCACCCAGUGAGCUCCAUGGCUGAGUAGGGAUUUUAACUCUGGUCUCCCAGAUCUUAUUCCAACAUGCUAACCACUACACCAUACGGAAGGGCCGCAGGUUUUUUGCCCGCCCCCACAGUCUUCAGUUCCACCCUCUUAGGCAGGGGUCAGCAACCUUUUUCAGCCGUGGGCUGGUCCACCGUCCCUCAGACCAUGUGGUGGGCCAGACUAUAUUGGGGGGGGGGGGAUGAACGAAUUCCUAUGCCCCACAAAUAACCCAGAGAUGCAUUUUAAAUAAAAAGACACAUUCUACUCAUGUAAAAACACACUGAUUCCUGGACCGUCCGUGGGCCGGAUUGAGAAGGCGAUUGGGCCGCAUCUGGCCCCUGGGCCUUAGGUUGCCUACCCCUGCUCUUAGGCUACCCUAUAUUUUGCAAUACAGUGGUACCUCGCAAGACGAAUGCCUCGCAAGAUGGAAAACUCGCAAAACGAAAGGGUUUUUUGGUUUUUGAGCUGCUUCGCAAGACGAUUUUCCCUAUGGGCUUGCCUCGCAAGAUGGAAACGUCUUGCAAGUUCGUUUCCUUUUUCUUAACACCGUUAAUACAGUUGCGACUUGACUUCGAGGAGCAACUCAUAGCACGCAGUGUGGUAGCCUUUUUUGAGGUUUUUGAAGACUUUGGAAAUUUUUGAAGCUUUUCCAAAACUUUUCCGACACCGUGCUUCGCAAGACGAAAAAAAUCGCAAGACGACAAAACUCGUGGAACGAAUUAAUUUUGUCUUUGGAGGCACCACUGUACAUGCCUGGUCUUAAUGGUGCUCUAUCACCCUCUGUUGGUGGUUAUGCAAAAUAACAAUUCGGAGGCCAACUAAAAGUAAAAUGCAAGGUCUUAUAUAAAAAAGACAUAUAAAAUAAAGGUAACUGAUCAACCAUUGUAAAAGAAAGAAAGAAAAGAAAAAAGGAACUGAGUAUUUGCUGACAUUGUUUGGAAGCUGUAUGUUGAUGGCCUCAUUUAUCAGGAGUGAUUAUGGUUUUGGACUUGAGGGUUCUUCUCAAACUUGUGUGUCAGAAUAUGACAGUAUUAUAUGCUUGAGAGAGACCUACCCUUUGUUUUGGUCCAAAUUAUUUCUAGCAACCCAUAUUGGUGCAAACCUGGAGAGCACCAACGGGUGUGUGUGUGUGUAACUCUCCAUGUGCUUUUUAACAGUAAGGAGGUAAAGGUAAAAGGAAAAGGACCUCUGGACGGUUAAGUCCAGUCAAAGCAACUCUGGGGUUGCAGCACUCAUCUCGCUUCAGGCCGAGGGAGCUGGCGUUUGUCCGCAGACAGCUUUCCUGGUCAUGUGGCCAGCAUGACUAAACCGCUCCUGGCACAACGGAACACCGUGACGGAAGCCAGAGCACAUGGAAAUGCCAUUUACCUUCCCGCUGCAGCCAUACCUAUUUAUCUACUUGCAUUGGCCUGCUUUUGAACUACUAGGUUGGCAGAAGUGACAGGAAGGAGGAUACAAGUUAGAGCAGCAUUCCCAAUCCAUGCCUAACAAACUCAUGUUUAACCCAGAAGUGGUUCUAGGUAUUGUUGGGUUUCCAGGCAGGACAUGAUGGGUGGGCACAGCAUCCUCACCCUGCACAGCCUUCUGGAACCCCACAUACCUCAAAGGAUUAGUGGCUCUGAUAGCUCAACAGAUUCUGGGCAUGGUUCUGCAGGCCUGGGGAUCACCCCACACUCUCAAAUCUGCCACUGAAUCAAAAUAUGAGGCAGUUUCUCCCACCUUCUAUACACAUACAAUGGCUCUUUUGUCAACCUCCCAUCCCACACUCCAUAGAUGUUGUACAGACUUGUACAGGUGUUUUGCAUGGCAGGUGAAAGAGAGGAAGCCCAGGAGAAACUGUGGCUCCCUUGUCUCCCAGUUCAGCAGUGCUUUUAAAAGUAGGAAGAGCUGGCAGCCAGGGGACGUUGCAUUUUUACUUCAAGAUGAAGUAACUGGCUAGAUGAGAGGCAGCACGUGCGUCCAGACUAGUCAGUUUCCCUCCUGCAGUGGCAACACACCUUAGAAUCCUGUUUGCUGCAAAGAUGGCAUCGCUUUUGCUUUUUGCAGGCCCUUAAAUUGGUCAUUAUGGGACGCAGGUGGUGUUGGGGUCUAAACCACUGAGCCUUGGGCUUGCCGAUCAAAAGGUCAAAGGUUUGAAUCCCGUGACGGGGUGAGCUCCCGUUGCUUGGUCCCAGCUUCUGCCAACCUAGCAGUUUGAAAGCACACAAAAAAAGUGCAAGUAGAUAAAUAGGUAACACUCCGGCGGGAAGGUAAAUGGCAUUUCUGUGUGCUGCUCUGGUGUCGGUGUUCCGUUGCGCCAGAAGCGGCUUAGUCAUGCUGGCCACAUGACCCAGAGAAACUGUCUGCAGAGUGGACAAACACUGGCUCCCUCAGCCUGUAAAGCGAGAUGAGCGCUGCAACCCCAGAGUCGUCUGCGACUGGACUUAACUGUCAGGGGUCCCUUCACCUUUAUCUUUAAAUUGGUCAUUAAUUUAUCUCUGCAGUGCAAGAGUUUCACCCCCAGAAUCCUCUGCAACAGUGCAAAGAAUUCUGGGACAUGCCUGUUUGAUUUGCACCAUUCUAUAUCCCUUUGGGCAGUCAAUUAUCUUGGGCCAGUCCUGGCUCUGUCCUUCUGGGCUGCUUAGCAACUGCCACAAUGAUUUAACCUGCCCUAUUAACUUUUCCUACCCCCUCUAUCCAUCCUUCUUCACCUGCUCCAUCCAGGUCUCAAGGAAGUGCCUAAGGAGAUCUCGCCAGAUACAAAAUUGCUGGAUCUGCAGAACAACCACAUUACUGAACUACGCAAAGAUGACUUUAAGGGGCUGCAUCACUUGUAUGUAAGUAUGGCAAAAGCUUCCUCUCCUCAGCCUAUUACCUCAGUCUUUAUUGUGAAAGAGGCUUGUGCGAAGGCUUUGAGCCCCUGUCUCUCUGCUCUGCCUGUGGAGAGAUCGCCACAACUCUCAAUGCACUCCUUUAAAGCACAUUUUUAAAAAGACAGCAUUGAUCUCCAUCUCCUCCUCCUCACCUUAUCUGUGCACUACCCUCUGCUGGUAGAAUUAGGGUGUGCACCUGCAUUUUUCACCCUUGUCAACACAGGGCUUAGCCACACUUACCUUUCCUCCACUCUUUCCAAGCAUGGUUUGCGCUUUAAAGCCCCGUGUCCAAACACCCUUGUUUUGCUUUUCCUCCGGAGCUUUCCUCACAAAAACCUGCUCUUUAAAGCUGAAUCAGAGCUAACAGCAAUUCCAGUUUUAAAUUCAGCUUUAAAGAAGUAGGUUUUUUGCAAGGAAAGCUCUGGAGGAAAUAAAAGGGCACUUGGACACGGAGCUUUAAAAUGUGGAUCUAUGCCUGGGAAAAGCAGAGGAAAGGUAAGUGUGGAUAAGCGCUGAUGGGGAAAUGCACUAGAAGGUGUGGGGCAACACUUGCUUCAAUGCAACACUUGCUUCAAUGCAACAAUGGGGGAUGAAUGCUCAACAAACAGGUCAGUGCCCCAUUAUUCCUCCUGCAUUUAUCCCUCAUUGUGAGAAUCGAAGUCAGGCUCUCCCCACAUAAGCACCCACUCUUAAGGAUAUAAACAGCUGCCUUGCACUGAGCAAGUCCCCUGGGUCAGUAGUACUGUUUAUUUUGACUGGUAGCCGUUCUCCAAGGUCUCAGGCAAGGACCAUUUCCCAAGAUUCUUGAAGGUGAAAUCCAAGGGAUUGAGACUGGAACCUCUGUAAUGCAAACCUGGGUUUCCCUUCCCUAAUACAUCCCUUUCUGGACUGAAAUGGUGGAAGGUUUCCUUUCUCACUGCCCCAUUUCUGGCCACUGGCAAAGUUACCUGGAGGAUGGAUUCCAUUCCCUGUUCUAUGCCCAUCCACCACCCCCACGUACCUUGUCCCUCAUGCAGUUUCUUUCUGUGGAUGCAGGCCUUGGUCCUGGUGAACAAUAAGAUCUCCAAGAUCCACCCAAAGGCCUUUAGCCCGCUGCACAAGCUGCAGAAACUCUACAUCUCCAAGAACAACCUGGUGGAGAUCCCUCCUAACCUGCCCAGCUCCUUGGUUGAACUCCGCAUCCAUGAUAACAAGAUCAAGAAGGUCUCCAAGGAUGUCUUCAAUGGGCUCAACAACAUGAAUUGCAUUGGUGAGACAUGGGGGUGAGACAUAGGUACUCUACUGGACUGAUGCCCACUGGGCCGUUCCUCCCUAGACAUGCUUUGUGAGCUGUCCCAUUCCAUGAGUUUUCUGAGGAAUGUCGGAAGCUGGUCAGAAUAAGCACUGGUUACUGCUAGGGAUGGAAGGACCUGACUCCAUCAGGCUCUUGUUCUUUCCCCAAUCUUAAAUUCAAUCCUCCAUGUUUCUGCAGCAAUUUGCAGUUUCAUUUUAUUUUAUCCUCAUCAAAAUUUGCCAGCAUUUUAGCGCAAAUUUCUCUUGAUAAUCACAUUUUGUAUGCAGUUUUUACUAAUGUACACAUUUUUACAAGCCAUUUCUGCUAACAGAAUGCAUUUUUAUGUUAUUUUCAUCAAUAUAUUCAUUUUUACACACACUUUCCUCUGAUAUGUGCAUUUUUGUAAACACUGGUUGGUUGGUUGGUUGGUUGGUUGGAUGGUUGGUUGGAUGGUUGGAUGGUUAGAUUGCAAAAUUCAGAUAAGUGCAAAUUUUGAAGGCUGGCUGGGUUUAGGUUCUCAUACUGUUUUGGAAAGUGUGGAUUGGAUAGAUGUGCCUUUAAAUGUGAUCUGAAAUGGAUUGCUCCCCCAUCCCUAGUUACUGCUUAUGGUUUGUAUAGAGGAGCAAGGCAUAUGACAAGCCCAGGUUUAGACUCGUAUCUUAAAUCAAGCCAUGGCUUAGCCUGAGCAGCGUAGCACCAGCAGGUCAGGGGGAGAGCACCAUGGCCACGAUCUUCCCUCUGGGAGUCUUCACAUUCACCAGUUCUCACUAAGCCACAGUUUUGGCUUUUGCAUUACUUGCAAACCAGGUCACUAUCAGUUUAUUUUCUACAGACGCAUUUGUGUUCAAAGCAGUUUAUAGAAAAUAAUGUGUUUGCAUUCAAUAGUACAGUAACCAUAUUAAAUAAAAAUUAUAUUAUAACUAAAAUACAACACUAAGAAUCCAAUAAUUCCUUUUAAAUAUAUCAGAGAAAAUAAUGUGAGCAUAAAGCUUAUCAACAGGUUGCUUAACAAUACUCCUUUGCAUCUGGCCAUCCUAGAGAGAGAAAUGGACAUAAAACAAUUAAAAAGAUGCCAAAUGUUGGCAUUAAAUGUGGGUCUGAUAAGAAUGGGAUGCUUUUGUUCUAGCUGGCAUGUUUUCUCUCCUCACAGAGAUGGGAGGGAAUCCCCUGGAGAACAGUGGUUUUGAACCUGGUGCCUUUGAUGGUCUCAAGCUGAACUACUUGAGGAUCUCAGAAGCAAAGCUCACAGGGGUACCUAAAGGUAAUGUGUGACUUCUUUCUCAUAGCUUAUAGCAAUGCCUAGCCACAGCUUUACUUGGCUAUUAUUAAUGUAAUUUUCUGAUAGCCAAUUGCUCUAUAAGACCAAUGCAUGCUCUUGGCUUUAGGACAUGAUUUCAUAAAAAAACAUUGAUUUGUGUUGCAGGCAGUGCUUUUUUACUUAAAAAAUGUAUAGGGGUACUCUCAUUUUCCUGCUCUCAUUGAAAUACUGCCCCUCUAUGAGGCCAAACUUAGAUUCACAAAAUGUUUAGGGGUAUGCGUAUCCCUUUGUUCCCCCAGAAAAAAGCACUGGUUGCAGGGAUAGGCAAGUGGUACAGAAAUGUAAUCCUAUCAAUCUUUCUAUACAAUACAUAGAUGUAUAAAAAUAAUCUCUCUCUGCCUCCACAACCAGAUCUUCCUGAAACCCUAAAUGAGCUACAUCUGGACCACAACAAGAUCCAGGCAAUUGAAUUAGAGGAUCUGAUCCGGUAUUCCAAAGUCUACAGGUAGUGUGAGCUGGGCUCCUCCAGAUGGCUUGUUUAUUAUUAUUUAUUUUAUCAUUUAUUAAAUUUAUAUACCACCCUUCAUCUAAGGAUCACAGUACAGUUGACAGCGCACUAGGUCCUCAGCUUACGCAACAGUUGUGUUCCAGGAAUCAUGCCUAAAGCCAAAACCACGUAUAGUCAAAACAGAUUGGGUUCAGUGGUGGGUGGGAUUGCCAAAGUAAUUUUUCUUGAACUCCACCCCAAAUUUAUUUUUAUUUUUUAUUUUCUUCCAUGCAUGUAAAUGCACACAAGUUAAAUGUGUGUAACUUGCAGGCUUAUUGUAGACAGUUUAUUCAGCAUCCAACUGGUUUAUUCAGCAUUCACUCUGUGCCACUGAGGUUACCUGAACCUCAAACAACAGCAAUGGAUCCAGGAGGAUCCCCAAGCUAUUUAUCCACUGCUUCAGAGGGAAUGCAACCCCAUCCAAAGCAGGCAGCCUCCCAUCUCUCUGGCCUAGGGAACCACCCACUAACAGGGCCUCAGCCUUCUCUGGAUCGAGCUUCAGUUUGUUGGCUCUCAUCCAGUCCAUUGCCAAGCCAAGACCUCUGAGAUGCCUGCAGGACACAUGUGGCCCUCACAAGCCUUCCCUGCAGCCACUCACAGGUUAACAAUUCACACUCUGCCCCCACCCUGGCAAUUCUCUGUCCGCAGUUAGCUAAACAGCUGCAUGGAGGCUUACAUGGAGUCUGUUUUACAUGGGAAGUAAGGGACAUGGGUACAUCUGGACCUGUGCACCUUCCUCCCAGCCACAACUGCAUUCCCCUCAGUCUGCUAAACAGCUGAUUGGAGGUUGGAAAGAAAUACAAUAGCCAGCACCAACCAGCAAUCGCAUUCCGCCACUCAGCUGUCUCCCCACAGCCUUCCCAGUCCUGCCCAGAUGAUUUGCUCUGGGAAUAGCUGAGGUUUGUGCUGACCAGGUUGCUCCUCCACUCUCCUCCGCAGUCCCAUCACACAACUCCCCUUCCCCAGCUGACCGGCACUAGGAACAGGUGAGGAGGGCACAGACAUGCCUGCUGCCCAGUUGUUCCCAGCACCAACCAGCUGGGGAGGCACAAUGGGUUCCCAAUGUGCCAGAAGAGCGAGUGGGACCUGGAAGGCUGUGUGAGUUUGCAGGUGUGACAGAGAGCAGGUGGAAGAUGCACAGACAAAAACAUAUUGUGUGUAUGUUUUUGUCUGUGCAUGAGAGAGGGAAAGGAGGUACUUGUGUGUGUUUGUGCCCACACAUGAGUGUGUAUCCCUCAAGUCGUUGCCACGUGCAGCCCUUGGGGCCAAAAAGAUUGCCCACCCCAUUCUAAGAUUAAUAAUAAUAAUAAUAAUAAUAAUAAUAAUUUAUUAUUUAUACCUGCCCAUCUGGCUGGGCUUCCUCAGCCACUCUGGGCAGCUUCCAACAAAAUAUUAAAAUACAGUAAUGCAUCAAACAUUAAAAGCUUCACUAAACAGGGCUGCCUUCAGAUGUCUUCUAAAAGUCUAAUAGUUGUUGUUCUCUUUGACAUCUUGUGGGAGGGCAUUCCACAGGGCAGGUGCCACCACCGAGAAGGCCCUCUGCCUGGUUCCUUGUAACUUGGCUUCUCACAGGGAGGGAACCGCCAGAAGGCCCUCGGCACUGGACUUCAGUGUCCGGGCUGAACGAUGGGGGUGGUGACGCACCUUCAGGUAUACUGGACCGAUAAAUAUUCCUAAAAUGGGUUCAACGGUCAUGAAGACGGUUUCUGCACAUGCUAUAGAGGAAAGCGUGGGGCAGAUGGGGCUUGUCCACCUGAGAAGGUCGCCCAUCUAGGAGAAGGAAAACCUCAGCUGCCUUCUUUGGGAGAAGAAACGGCUAAGGAGUAAACCCUACACAAAUCUGGAGUGGAAUUCCUAAGAUGGUUGGAUGGUGCCUUGUACGCCUCCUUCUGGCAACUCCUGCAGCCAAGCUGGUGCCAAACAUAUUGCUCUGCUUUCCUUUGGGCCAAGAGUGUGGCCUUGUCAUCGGGUAGCCCAGGACCUCCAUACACACUGCCCAGGCUUGUCCCCCAGGGAAGUCACUUUGGUGCUGCUAAUUCAGCAGUUUGGCUUUACCCCCGGAGGUGCACUCCAUUGUCUCUCAAGAUGGAUGGACGCCAACAACAAUAUAUUGUCUUGGAGCUAAGUUUGCACUGUGAGAGGCAGCAGGCGUAGAUAAAGAUCUGUGGCAUCUAUGUGCAGCACAAACAAAGGGAAAUAUUCAUAGUGAAGUUUAACAUUUCCAAAAUGUAUUUUGCCCCUUGCCAUUCAUACUAGAGGGAGCUAAUUGUUCGUAUAAUGUACUCAUCAAGGGAAGGUGGGCCAAAGGUUGGUGGGGGGGGCAGCAGCCCAGAAGGCCAAAGGCAAGGAGGCUUCUUCCAGAGGUGGACAAUUGGGAGCAGCUGUUCCCUGCUCUCCUGCUUUAGGUGAAAUAGCGGCACUGCUUCUAGACUCCUAGCACAGCAUAGCCUCCUUUCCUUAGCCCCAAGUGUUGGGUGAGGGCAAGCGUAAAUGGGGGGGCCUUGUUGUUAAAUAUUCCCUCCCCCUUCACUGCACUCGCAGUCCAGAGUGCUCCCUUCCCAGCUGAAUUUUGGGGAGACGGCGGUGAAAAUAAAGGUGAUAGAAUGAUUCCUAUAGAGAAUAAACAGACUCUAGAGAAAUAAAGUUAGAGCAACCUAGGAAAUGGAGUCACCAGCUUUUUUUUGAGCCCCCAGGCACAUUUGCAAACUGGCAAAAUCACAUGCACCCCACCAGAGCCGUAGCUACAGGGGGGCUAGCCAGGUUUCUUUUGCCCCGGGUGAAGCCUCCAGAGGGGCACUCCAGCCUGUGUGUGUUUGUGCAUGUAUGCAAAUGCGCAUGGAGGUGUGUGCCAAACUGGGUCUUUGAGCCGGGUGUGGGCACCUGUGUCCCUGCAAGCACCAUGUUUAUGACUCCUUGGCUAGAACAACAUGCACAGACCAUUAAGAGCCAGAAUAGCCGCAUAAUAUAAGCCAUCUGCACCUGCGGAAAUUUCACAACUAUUGUGUUAAGUUUCCAAAGCUUUCUUUAUAAAAAAUGUGGUGGGUGGCAGGGAUUGCAGGGAGGACAGAAAUCAACGAGGGAAAACAUCUGAGGCGAAUAUUUUGUUCAUGACAUCAUGCAGAUAGAUGACUUUCCCAACUCAUUUAGCUUUCAGAUAUCUAAUAUUUCCUCCAAAAGAUAGAAUAGGAACAAAAAUGGGAGCCCUAUUCAUGCAUUCAAAAACAAAUUAGGAGGUCUUCAACAGGGGAGGGGGAGCAGAAAAUUUCAGGAUGGAGUGAGCACACCUCACAGGCAAGUAGCCAGGGUUCGCCUCUUUCCCAGUGUAAACCCUUGCCCCUUUUAAAAUAUAUAUAUAUAUAAACAGGGCAGGUACAGUUCUUUAUAAGGAACAGACACAAGAAAAUAGAGGCAGCUGGAGCUUUUUGUAAAGCAGGUUUGAAGCUGGUAUGAGUUUGUAGCAUUGACUUGCCCUCAGAACCAUCAACUCCUAAAUAGUCCUGCCAUUUCAAGUCUCAGCCAGUAGAGGGAGAAAGAGCCAUACUUAUUAGUCCUGAUUCCUAGGCCACUUUUCAGUGUGAUGCUCCUCAUACACCUUCCUUCUUUGGUUGGCUGGUUGCUUAUUAAGCACAUUUCUAUCCUGUUUUUCUACUACCGUCCUGAAAGCGGCUCUCACACAACAGAUGCUCCAUGAACCACACUGUUUACCCCAAAGCCACCAGACCCUCUAGAUGAGGCACUUGCAUCUGAGGCUCUUUCCCAUGGGGCACUCUCUGUCAGAGGACUCUGCGGAGGAAGAGGGCGCAGGCCAGAGCAGGAAGAGAGACUGUUCUCACCCUGGCCUAGCUAUAGCCACUUCCCUCUGAUCACCACACCUGGAGACCUGCUUGCCACAGCAGGUGGAGGAACAGGGUAGGUGGCGGGAGGGAUCAGGCAGGAGGAUCUGCAGAGGUCCCACGACAGCUUUAUCUCCAUCUUCCACACUUAAAGGAAUGCUGCCAGGGGCAAACUCUGUCUCUGACUGGAACGAGCCUUGAAUUUGCUGGCCUAAACCAUAAAUGCAAACAAACCAGGAUGAAUGUUCAAUAAACAAGAUGGCUUGCUUUUCCCUGAUCCCUCUCCACCUCAUCCUCUCCUAUUUUAUAGUUAGGUGGACACUGGCUGACCGCUGCAUGUAGCUGUAAUGGUUUGUAGUUGCAACUGUUUAAGCCCCCAUUUUAUAUCAGCAAGACAUUUCUCUACACACCUGAAAUGUGAAGCUUCCAGCAAUCAGAGAAAGAACUGGAGGAAGGAUAUUAAGGAAGCAGAAAAGAGGCAGAGUGACAGGCAGCCAUAUUCCAAAUCCAGACUUGGCAAUGGGGGCUUCCCAACCCCAGGCCCCUACUGGCCAAACGGAAGAUACUGUUUAGUUGAUUAAGCAAAGAAAGAAGGCCUGGCUAAGCUUGAGGUUUCGUGCUGCUUCUCUGCCAACCACAGGGACCCAAUGUUGCACAGCCAUACGCUUUGGGGCUUGAAUGAGACUCUGCUGGGUCCCACCUUCUGAGCCACAGAUGCACAGGGUUCUGGGCUAGGGCAGCCAGUUAUGCAUCACCAAAAAAGGAGGACAGAAAGGAUAUAAAUUUGCCUACAAUGUGCAUACAGUAAUUUAUAGGUAUAGAUGCAAAACUAGAAAUAAUUAUUAAGCAGAAAUACGGUACAUCUCACCGUAUUGGGAAUGACAAGAGGUGUAUUGUACGCCUACUUGGUCUGCUGACCAGGUGCUGCUAACUGUUGAUAAAAACUCCUAGCCCCCCCCCCCCUGUUUUAUGGUUCCUUAUUUUUUUAAACAGACUGAGGUCAGCCCUUGAAACAGAGGAUCCUUUCAAAUAAAGGACUGUCCUCUGGCAGCCCUACAGAACAGAGGACCGCCCUGUGUAAAGGAGGGCAGCUGGCCAUCCUAAUUUUGGCUGUAGCCCUGAACACCCUCCCAUCUCCCCCAUUACUCUUCAAGAGUCCAGCCUACAUCAAACUCCUGCCCUUUUCCAAGAGACAGAUUUUGAUUCACUUGACCUUGGUGAUAUUUGGAAGCCGCUGUUGCUUUCCCUGUUUUCUUUGUCACCUCCCCUUCCUUUCCUCCUGCUAGGCUGGGCCUGGGACACAACAACAUCCGCAUGAUUGAGAAUGGCAGUCUGGCUUUCCUGCCCAGCCUACGUGAGCUGCACUUGGAUAACAACAAGCUGUCACGAGUUCCUCCAGGACUGCCUGGCCUCAAGUUUCUGCAGGUACCAGAGGGGUCGGGGGUGGUUUGUGGCAGAGGUGAGCAAAUGCAGGACCAGUUUCAGGAGUAGGCAAGUUUGGGCAGCUGGUAGGACCCUACAUUCAUGAAGGAACCCACAACUGAGAACCAGGACCAUCAGUGUUGCAGAUAGGUCAUCUUGCAGCUUCCUCUUUAGGCUGGCAUGUGUUUUGCUUGAGUUGUGAAACAAACAAUUAACAUUUUUCUCCUCCCCAACCAUCAUUUCAUGCUUUGGAACUGCUUCUACAUUCCUGAUACAUUAACAGUAGGGGUGGACUAGAUCUGGCCAGAUCCUUUUCUUCCCAACUGCCUGUGGGCCAAGUUUGAUCAGUGGGCGAGGCCACCCAUCAGUUAAAUCACUUGAUCUCACAAUGACAUCGGGAGAACUAUUUCUACCCGUGCAGACACAAAGUUGGCACAAAGUGUCUUGUACAGAGCUAUGCAAGUCACAGCGCUGCGCAUCAGCUGCGCAUCAGCUAAGUGUUGGGACUUGCAAAGCACAAGGCUUUACAGGGACUGCACAUCAAUCAUUAAUGCCUGCACUGGGCUCCCUUUGGCCCAACUGGAUCUUUACCUGCCCCACAACUGAUGUUAUAUAUGGCGUCAGGCAAGUGAGCAUGGCUUGGUCAAAACAGGCAAAUGUGGAGGCCUGGUGGGUUUACAUAGGCCUGAAGGCAAGAGGUUUCCAAACAAAUACAGUUUGCCGACCCUGAUAAUUAUAAUUUUUAAAAAACACCAUCUGAGCAUGUGAAGUUUUGCAUUUUAAAAACUCAUUUAAAUCACAGCACCGUCAUUGCUAGGUAAAUAAAAUGGGGGUUUCUUUUGCUGUCCGGAAGUUAAACACAUUCACUUCUUUAAAAAGAAAAGAAAAUCAACAGUAGAGAUUCUCAUGAUGCUAAAAAAAUGUAGGCCAGCAGCUCAUUCAGCAAAUUGUCUGCAGUCCUAUGAAACCACAGCACACAGCUGAGCUUACCUUGAGGAGCCUUGCAGGAUCUGAGUUGCCAUAUCAAAGGAGAGCUCUUUCCCAGGUCUCAGCUGCCUCACAAGCUGACAAACGCAAACUCAGCGGAUCUUCCACCUCUGGGUAACUAAGUCUCACUUCUCCCUCCACAGGUUGUGUACCUUCACUCCAACAACAUCACUCACAUUGGUGUGAACGACUUCUGUCCCGUAGGCUUUGGGGUAAAGCGGGCUUCGUACCACGGCAUCAGCCUCUUUUCCAACCCUGUGCCCUACUGGGAGGUCCAACCAGCUACUUUCCGCUGCGCUACGAAUCGCUUGGCUAUCCAGUUCGGAAACUACAAGAAGUAAAAAAGUUAGAGGAGGGUGAUGGGGAGGGAGGGUGGGAUGAAGGGACAGAGAAAGCCAAUGGGAAAACUGGGGGUAGGGGUGGGGGGUGAGCAAGGGAAUGUGGAAAAGCAAAGGCCAUUCUGGGGAGGAGGGAGCCAGUGGGGAGGACACAGUCAGGGUAAUUAAAGAGACCUGGCUGAAUACCAGCCAAUGCCCAAGGAAGAGAAAGGGAUGGGAUGGGAAGGGAAGGGAAGGGAAGAGUUGACAUGUGGAGGGAAAGAGGUACAGAUCUUACAACUUGACCAGCUUCGACCAUCAGCCCAUACAAUAACGCUGCAUUUUCAAUGAAUUCGUUUUCAAUGAAUUCGUUGCAUUUUCAAUGAAUUCCCCAUCACUUGGUUGUUCCUUUGGGAAGGAUCACUACUGCUGCCCUGGGGUGGGGCAGGAUGUGAGGGAUGCAGAGGAUUCUCCACCACCAGAAGUUGCCGUCGUUGGAGAAGGGCUGCAGCUUGGUUUUAGGGCCCAUGCUCUGCGUCCAGAAGAUCCCAAGUUCAACCCCUGGCACUUCCAUGUCGGUUUAGGCAUGUCCCCUGUCUGAAAUACUGGAGAGCCACUGCCAGUCGGUGCAGACAAAAGAUGGAUCAAUGGUCUGGUUCGGUAUAUGGCAGUUUCCUGUGCUUCUUUCUAUCAGACGCUCUUAAGGCAGAUUCACAAAUUACAGCUUUUUACGCUCAAGUCCAUGAAUCCAUGGGGUCACAUGUAUUGGUAAACAAGGCAAUGGCCAUAUCAGUGCAUUCCCCACACCCCAUACAUUGAGGUGAACCUUUCCCAAUCCACUACAGCCAUUCCAACAUUACAGAGUGCAUGCAUCUCAACAUACAAGUAUAGGCCUGUAUGUGCACAAUAAUGUAACAUGGGAAUGAUGCCUGAAUUUCAUGCACAGAUUUAGUCCUUUGCCGACUACCCAAAUGGCUGUGGGUGCUCUUGGCAAAUAUCUGUGUGAGAAUAUUCCCCCCCCCCGCCCCCGUAAAGCAGUUGUACCAUCCAGUUUCCAGAGGGGAUGUCAUUUUCCAGACUCCAACCUGUAGAUCUGGGCAGCCAUGCACAUUAUAGGAAGUGCUGAAAACUGAGUGCCUAUGUGAAUUCUGCAUAUCUUUUACUGCAUUUGCUCAAAAUUCCAAAACAGCCUCUGUGUAUUAAACAGGGAAACACUGCUGAUGUUACAAAUGUAUACCAAUUUUAUACCAGCUUAGUCACGGUGGUUUCCUCUGACACAAUCCUGGAAAGUGAAGUUUGGUGAGCAAAACUGAAAAUUCUCUGCUCCCUCCUCCUAUACAUUUCCCAGGGGAGAGGAAAUGACCAUAAAAUCAGUUUCAAACUGUAGUGUAGCCAUUUUAAAUCUGAGUGGCAGCCCCAAGCAAUUUGGCUUCCAAAUCAGAGUGAUCCGAGACACCCAUUAUUCUGCUCCCAUUGAGAUCUUUAUUGUAGAAAAAUGUCUACAACAGGGCUAUUCUGCUGGGUGUGCAUGGCACCUGAAAAUGGCGGGUGUAGAAGAAUGUUAAGAUUGGAACAAACCUUUUGCGGCCUUCCAAGUGUGAAUGCAGCCCCUGCAACCCCCCCCCAACCCCAUGCGACGACAGAGCAUCAUUUCAGCUCAAACCCACAGCUCCUCCUCCAGUCUAGCUCCUAACUGCCACAUCUGGCCCCACGUUUGUGGUAGGGUUGGGCAGAUGCUGGGAGCCAGCGGCUGAGCAUCACCGCUCCAAUUUUUACUCCCUUUUGCAAUGAGGAAAGCCCAGCCAAGUGAGUGACAGCAUGUCUGCCUUCAACCUGGUCAGGCUCUGCAUGGAGGGGGCGGCUGCCCUGGAGUCCCCUGCGGUGGGAUAGGGCAGGAGCAGGGAACCUUUGCAGCCCAGGGGCUGCCUUCCCAUUCUGGGGGCCACAUGCCAGUGCCAGUCGGGGCCAGAGGCAAAAACCGGCCAAGCAACGAAUGUAGGCUAGACAUGUAUGCUUUGCACAGUAUGCUUUGCACAGAAUGUUUCCUUUGCACAGUAGGCUAGACACCUCCUCCAACCACCAUCCAGGCAAACAAGAGCCGUUGCAGCCAGGGCACAUUACAGCCAGACCAAGGGGAGGGUCCCAGGGGUCUGGGGCAGAGGGAAGGGAGGUGCUCCCUCAGUCCCCAAGCCCUCCUCAGCCUUGUCUUUGCUUACCUGGGUACCUGAGGGGCUCUCAAAGGCCAACUUCCCUGAGCCAUUCCAAAAUGCAGAAGCUGGCAGUGCUGAUCGCCUUGAAGACCCAAACCCCAAGGACAGUGUCCAGGCUCCCUGAGGCUCAGGGGGUGGUGCCAGGUAGACGGGAGGUGGGUGUAGCCUGAUAAGGUGGAGGUGGGGUCUAGUAGUGCUUGCUGGGGCCACAGAGGACGACAGUGCUUGCCUGUGCAGCCCUGGUGCCUCAGGAGGGAAGCCUGAAGGGCAAGGGGGAAGGGCGUGGGGGGCAGCCCACCUUCCUCUCUGAAUGCUGUCCCUGAGACCCAGAGAAGGAAGCUGAAGACCCUGACAUUUCAAGUCAACUCUCAGACACCAAGCAACCCCAAAUCAGAUUCAGAGCACAGAUUUCAGACCCAAGCACUAAUCGCUGCUGGCUGUGGCCGAGGCACCCCUGGAGAUGAUGCUGAAGUUGGUUAGGGACGGCUGGAGAUAACAAAUAAAACAAAUGAAUUUCCCCAUCCAAGUUCUGCAGGGGGUGGGAGGAAAUCAAUGUGGGAGAACACAUGACACCCCCUGGAGAAAAGGGUGUGUGUGGCAACAAAGCUUGUCUGAAGCCGUUUGUAUUUUUAAAUAUAUAUAGAAGGAAUGUUCUUAGAAGAGUGAGGCUAGGUUUUAAGGCAAGAUCCAGCAGCUCCAGAAUAGAAGGGAAAGGGUGUGUGCGUGUGCACCACCAAUGAAGGAACUUAUGUCACAGCUACCUUUUUUGCAUGGCUUCUUAUAUCUGUUUUUGACCCAGCAAAAGUGAUGCCUGUGUAUACAAAGAAUGACAGUUGAUUGGGGCUACAGGAGAAUAAUUUUGGAGAUGAAAAGCCCAGUUUAUGCUCACUUCCUUUAGUCCAGUAUUGCAUGGUGGAAUUCUCUCUUUAAUUAAAGGAACUCCAGUUUUGGUUCCACUUGCUCUCCCUGUGCACUGCAGUGCCUCUCCUUUGCACAGCCACCUGGCAGCCCCUGUGGCUUCUUCCCUAGUGCCUUAAAAUUAACUUCGCACCACCACGAUGCCUUUGAUUGCAUUUCCUAAACUGUCAGCAGGUGGAUCUGUUGCUUUGCUUAGCCAUUUGGUUAAAGUGAGGAGGGGGACGAAACUUGGAAGGUCAGGAAGGUGGUUGCUCUUACAGAUAACUUGCAUUCCCACAGUGACCUAUUUAGAAAAUAAAAACCGUUUUAAUGGAUAAUGGUACCCAUUUCCCUCAGAAUCUUGAGGCUGGAACCUCUGGCCUUCUUGUGAAUUUGACUUCUAAGCCUUUGGCUCUCUAUCUGGAUGUAGGGAAUGUCUUUGUAAGACUGUCUUUGCUCUCUUUUUAAAAACAUCUCUUUGGGUUGUUGUUUUUUAAACGCUCUCUUAAACCAUGUGCAAUAUUAACUUCUGUAAAGGUGUCCAAUAAAGUUAGUGAUAAUUGCUAACCUUUAAUGGCUGUGGAUCAUUUUGUGGAGGUGAAUAGAGUCUUUCCUACUUGGAAAGGUCUGUUCUGGACUGAUUUGGGUACAGAUCACCACCUUCUGAGGGAGUCCAAUCCACUGUUAAACAACUGUCAGAAAGUUCUUACUGAUGUUUAAGGUAACACCUCCUAUUAUAGAAACCAUUCAAUAUUUCUGUGAUAUUGUAAUAGAAAAC